GUGCUUCGCGGCAGCGCGAUGACGCCACGGGGGGGCGGAGCGAGCGCCGGAGGUUCUCCGCGCGAGGGUCAGGCGGAGGGCGUGGAAGGCGUGGAAGGCGGCGCCGCAUAAUCUAGGCAUGAGGGGGCGUGGCCGGGCGCCUGUGCCUCCGCCGCCGCCUCCUCCUCCUCCUCCCUCGGCGGAGGUUCCCAAGAUGGCGGCGCUGGCGGAGGGGGGCUACGCGCUGUCGUGCGGGCGGCUCGGCCGCGGCACCCGCGUCUCCGUCUUCCACGUCAAGCUCACCGACUCGGCCCUGCGCGCCUUCGAGGCCUACCAGGGGCGCAAGGUGGGUGGUCGCGGGGGGGAGGGGGCGGGGCUUCUGUGGGGGGGGAGGGGAGGCACGACCCCCCCCUAUAUAUAUAUAUAGGCCUUGGAGGGGACCCCCACCACCACCACACACAUUCCCUCUCCUCGUGUCAUUAUAAUGGGCGGGGGAGGAAAAGGCCACCCCCCUCAUUAAUGUGGGGAGCACCCCCUUUUUUAAAAAACAGAGGACCCCCCUUUUUAAAUAGAGUCCCCCCCCACCACACACUCUCCCUCUCCUCGUGUCAUUAUAAUGGGCGGGGGAGGAAAAGGCCACCCCCCUCAUUAAUGUGGGGAGCACCCCCUUUUUAAAAAGAGGACCCCCUUUUUUAAAUAGAGCCCCACCACCACACAGUCUUCCCUCUCCUCCUGUCAUUAUAAUGGACGGGGGAGGAAAAGGCCACCCCCCUCAUUAAUAUGGGGAGCACCCCCUUUAAAAAGAGGAGACACCCCUUUAAAAGAGUGUUUGAUAAUAUGGGAGCCCCCUUUAAAGAGACCACCUACAGAGUCUCCCCACUCUCCUCGUGUCAUUAUAAUGGACGGGGGAGGAAAAGGCCACCCCCCUCAUUAAUAUGAGGAGACCCCCUUUUUAAAAAAGAGGUGUUCAUUAAUAUGGGGAGCACCCCCUUUCUCAUCAUAACUGGGGGAGAGGGAAGCGGGACCCCCCCCUCCACACACACACCUCAUUACUAGGAGAGGAGGACUCCUACCUCGUGUGUUGUGGGGGACCCCCACUUUGUCGCUAGAGAGGAUACCUCCUUUUUUACAAAAAAGGAUCCCCCUAUUUAAUAGACAGAUUCCCCUUCCUCAUUAUAAUUUGGGGGAGGAGGAAGCGGGACCCCCCCUCCACGCACACUCCUCAUUAACAGGAGAGGAGGACCCCUACUUCAUGUAUAGUGGGGGACCCCUGUUAAGGUAGGGCAGGAAAGGGGGACCCCCACUUCCUCACUAGAGAGGAGCAUCUCCUUUAAAAAAAACAAAACUGGACUCCCCUUUUUAAUAGAGAUCCCUUCCUCAUCAUAAUUGGGGGAGAGGGAAGUGGGACCCCCCCACACACAUAUUAAUAGAAGAGAAGGACCCCCGCUUCAUGUAUAGUGGGGAACCCCCAUUAAGGUAGGGAGGAAGGUACCCCCUCAAUUCAUCACUGGAGAGUUGCCUUCCCCCUCCUUGAUGUGGGGGAGAGGAAAGGAGCCCCCGCUUAUCAGUAGAGUGGGGGGCAUUGUAAUGGGGGGGGAGGGAAGGAGAACCCUCCCCUCAUUAGAGAAGGGCGUGGGGACAGACACCCCUAUAUGUUUACGGAGGGAGGACUGUCUCUUAUCACCUAUGGAGACACCCCCUCUUCUUACAAUGGAGGAAGGAAAAGGGGACAGCCCCCCAUCUUAUGAACAGGCAGAGAGGACUCAGUCCCUUACUAGUAUGGGAAAAGGGGGGAAGAGGGACCCCCCCAUCAAUAAACGCUCCUUUUCUUAUAAUAAGGGGGUGGAAAAGAGGAGAGAAGUAUAAUGAGGAAAAGAAAGGUGGUCCCCCUCAUUGUUUAGAUAGGGAGGGGACAGUGAACCCCCCUUUUUUAAAUGGGGUCAUCAGAGGUGGGAGCCCUCCUUUAUUUCAUAAAUAUGGGGGGAGGAGGAAGAUGAGAAGUGGCUCCCCCCCCCAAACCAUGUAGGCACAAGAUCCCCUACACUGAAUGAGAUGGACCCCCCCUUCAAAUAUAUUAUGGGUUAGAGGGGGUGGCUACGGGAUUGGGGAGACCGAUCCUUCCCCUCCAAAAAGGUGAGUCUGAGAAGUGGAUUUUGUCCCCCUCCCUCUGUCGGCUCUUCCAAAAUUAGUCUGAAUAAGCGUGGAACACCCCCCCUUUCAUAAUUGCAUUGGGGGGGGGUCUUGGAUGAAUUGGGGGUCCCUUUUUCUCCCCUUCCCCAGAAGGGCCAUUUUGUAGUGUGAUUUCUUCUUUUUCUCCCCCACCCCCUCCGGAAAAAGUAACCUGGAAAAGGAGGAAGUUGAUGGAGGAGAGUUUGGGGAGGGGGGGAGGAGGAGGUGUGUCCUUAGGGUGUGAUGAAAUGAGGAAAGACAGAACUCCCCCUCCUUAAAAAAAAAAAAGGCUACUAUUGUGAGAAGCGCCCCACCCCCCAAUACACAAUGAAAGAGGCCUGGAUACAAACAGAUCCAUGUUUUUAUAAUUAUGAAUGGAGGUGCCUUGGUUUUGGGGGGGGGAGAGAUGUGACUGUUACAGGACUAAGGAAACAGAGACAGAACUGCCCCCCCCACUAAGCACCUGUCUCUAAAGAUUCCUCCCCCCCCCCAAAAAAAUGGGGACCUGGAAAAAGAAGGGAACCCCCCUCCCCAUUUUCAUAGGGGAGCUGUGUAUUAUUAGAGCAUGAUGUGGAAAGGCAGAUUUACAAACCCGCCCCCCAAUGUCCCAGCAGAAAAUUGGGAGGGUGAGCCCAUAGACUGGGUAUACCUCUCUCCCCCCCCCCCCCACUUUAAAUAUACCAGUUUGGGUGUUGAGUUAUGGGCCUGACUUUGCAAUGUCUCAGGAUACAAGGAGUUCUCUGUUCUCGCCCGAAAAAGACCAGUGAGCCUGUCCCAGACAGAUAUUGGGAUGGGGGAAGAUGGACAGGGCAAACCCCCCCCCCCCAGUUUAUAGUACAAUCCUAGGCCUGCCUACUCCAAAGUAACCCCCACAGAGUUCUAUGGCUCUUCCUCCAGGAAAACAGGUCAAGCAUUGGCAAGUUUUGAGUGUCUAUUUGUGCCUCCUCCUUCUUCCCGCCCCCCCACCCAAAAAAAGUCUGCCUUCUGAAUGAGAGAAGCCCACUAGUAAGUAUUGUACUGGAAAGACUUAAGGUGGAGGUUUUAAAUCAAUACCCCCCCCCCCAAUAAUAAUAAUAAGAAGGCACAGCUGAGUGGGGUUCGGACUAAAGACAGGCCCCUCAAAUUUAUGGAGAAUCCCUUAUAUGUGGGGAGGGGAGUUUAAAGGAGGUUUAAUGCCUCCUUCCAAAAAAACCCAGUGCUCAAACCCCCGCCCCCCCCAAGAAUGCCAUGUCAAUCAAAGAGUGGGUCAAUUUGGAAAGGAGAGAGUCUUUCGGAGAUGUUUUGUAACGACUGACCCCUCCAACAGCUUUUAAGAAAUAAGUGCUUUUUCCCAAACCCCAGAGCUCUUUACUUUUAAUCCAUUGUUCGCCACCAAUUGCGGCAUCCAUUUGAGUAACCCGCGCGAAGAGACCCGUUUCUCAGUGGCAGGAAAAUCGGGGUGCGUGCUCGCUGGACCCCUCAGUCUUCUUGCUGAGUGGGGGGGGCACCUCGCUUUCUUUGACACGUGGGGCUAGGCUUGGGAAAUGAGGGGCUUGGGGAAUGGGGCGGGUGCUCUGUGUGGGGUGCCCCAUGCUUAGGGGGAAGCUUAGAGCUUUGUGUCCUUAGCUAUGUUGUAUUGCAGGCAUCUGUAUCACACAAGACUCUUAGGCUGGAUAGCGGAACACAGCCAGCAGGUUCUUGCCCCAUAUUUCCAGCCCCUCUCUCUCCCCCCCCCCGCCCCCAAAAUCUGGAGUUUUGGAGAGAGAGGAAGUCGAUACUCUGCCUCAGUUACAGAACCAGCUCACCACCCACCUAAUCUCUCCUUCCCACCUCCAGCCUGAGAGUCCUGUGUAGCCCAGAAGCUUGCAUCCUGCCUUUUUGACCCCCAGCCCCUAUCCCCAAGCUGUGCGACAGGUUGAGGCCUGUUCGGGGCUUGCUUUCCAGGCUUUCUCAGGGCGGCGGGGGCAGCCAGUCCCCUUCCCACCCCCCUGGCGAAUACCCUUGGCCCCCAGCUGCUUGAGUCUGAAUGUUUGUGCUCAUUCUAGGGCGCCACCUCUGAAUUGACUUCAAAGGCGCAGGAGGGAGGGCUUGUCUCUUGCUUGCGUCGUGGGGCGAAGGAUGGGGCGAGUCUGGCUUGUUGGGCGACCUCCUGGUGACGGAGAUCCCAAGACUGGAUUUCCUGGAGGGUUGCCAAACAAUCCUCCGGAUGUGCUCUUGUGGCGGCUCGGCGGGUGUGUGAAUGUUUUGAAACACUCCCUGGCCUCUUAAGACGGACUCAAGUUUUUCAGCGAGAAAUAAUAAGUUUCCGCUCAGCAGGGACUCCUGAAAAAUCUAAUAUUCUGGGUUUUUUUACCUUUUUAAGGGCACAUUUCCCCCUGCCCUAUCCGAGGCUGCCUGCCUUCCCUCCCUCCGAGACGGGCCGGCAGGAACCAGGAGAGGCAAACCUGUUUAUCGUUGGCAACCUCAGCCUCCGGUGAGGGCAAAUUGGGACUGCGUCCCGGACUCUAUUUUUAACGUAGGGUGUUGGUUACACGGCAAGGGCCUCAGCCGAGGGCAGGAGGAGGGUUUGUGCUAAUUACACACUGGAUGGCAUGGCUUCUUCUUCUUCUUCGUUACAGCAAUUGCUUGCUAAUGAGUGUUUAUCAGCUGCAAGAGGAGGCAGAGCGAGGUUGCGGAAGGCUGCUUUCCUCUGCAACCCCGUAACGUGACUUGCUUGCCCGUGCAAUUUAUUUUUCGGUGGGGUCAGUGGAACAAACAGGCCUGUUUUCGUAAUGGGGACAAGUGUGGGAUCCCACCCACUCCGGCACACAAGCCUUAAAAUGAAAUCGCAGGUGUGUAUUGAACAAGUGGGUGCAUAACCAAGGAAAUGGGGCCGUUCUGCUGUUCUCAGCCUGUUUUGAGCCCCCCUGGGUGGCUGGGGGAGCCAGAUUGUUGCUUGGGCAUCAGCACUGUCCAGCAAGUCCAGUGUUAGAAAUUAGCCAGGAGCCAGGCGCGCUUUGCUACUGGUGAGGGUUCUAUUUGCGACCGAGUGGCGAGCACAGUUUAAAAACCUCUGCCUUAGUCCAUAGUUAAUGCCAUUUCCACUGUGUGUGUUUCUCCUUCUUGCUAGCGAAUUGUUGCAAAAUAGGGUUGCCGUACGUCCGAAAUUCCCCGGACAUACCCGAAAUACUGCAGCCGGAAGUAGCGUCUGGGCGAAAAUCGGCGAAAAUAGCUCAAAAACGGCAUUUAUUAUUUUAUUCCAACCCCCUGGCAAACAGACAUUCUGUGGUAGCGACCGUAACCUAGAUUUAACCUAGAUUUUUUCUGAGUUUCUAACGCUGGAAGGGACUUUAUAACCUCUCAAACCUCUGGCCCCACUGGCCCAGUAUCACACAGAUUUUGCAGGGUCUCGAAUCCACACCCUUGCUCCUGGGGUUUGAGGAAUCAGGCCUGUCCAGCCCAGCACCCUUCCUGUCUUCGCAGUGGCCCACUGCGAUGCCCGCAAUGGGAAGCCCACUGGCAGGAUUCAAGAGCAGCCUUCUCCUGCUCUUGUUCGCCACCAAGGUAGACUGGCUCUGUCCAUGGAGGCUCUGUUGGAAAUCCACACUCCCACUGUGAAGCUCACUGGGUGACCUUGGAGUCAGUCACAACCUCUUGAUCUACCUUGCAGGUUCGUUGCAGGGAUGAACUGAGGAGGGGGCUGAACCAUGGAGAAAAUGGUAGGAGAUUAGGUCAAAUAAGCUCUUCUGCUGACCUGCUUAAGAAAGCUGGAGGGGCCAGCCAGAUGAAGAUGUCAGUCGCCAGCCUUGGCACCCAGAGAUCCCCACGUAGUCGCAACUGCACCUGCGCCAGUCACAAAACGCGCCUUGGCGCCCGGCUAAUUUCUAACACCGGGAGAAAGCUACUGCUGCCACCUCCUACUCGAGGGUUUGUCUUUGGAGCACUGCGAGGACAGGAGGCUGGGCUUAGAUAGGCCUCCUUUGGGUCGGAUCCAGCAGCCGAGCUCUUAUAUGAACAUGUGGUCUCCGUUGGACCCGUGCCCAUUGCAAAACGCGCCUGGCUAACCACAAGCCUGCGAGGCAGGGCAGGCUGAGAGCGAGUGGCCAGGGAACUCCCGUGUCCGAGUGCGGGGACUCAAACCCUGGUCUCCCACAGGUCCCGAGUGCAGCACCCUUGCCAGUCGGCCACACUCCCUUGCGCCAAAAAGCCUGUCGCAACCCAAGGCCCGCUGUUGGGUUGGUUGUGACACUCCAAAGUGAGUUGGCCCACAUACACCCAGCUAGGCCUCUUUUCCUGGGGACGGCCAUCCCAGGAUGACUAGCAGAUGGGCGGAGAGGAGAUCUGGUUAGGAAAUCCCGGCACCUGAUUUUGCUUUGUGAGAGAGAGAGAAAGAGCACAGCUCAUAAUAAUAAUAAAAAUAAAUUUUUAUUUAUACCCCUGCCCUUCCCGGUUCAAAAACCGGGGUCAGCGCGGCUAACAACAAAUUUAAAACAAUUAUAAAAGCAGCAAAAAAUACAAUAUUAAAACCUGAAUAACAAUAAAAAUCAAAAAUCAAUUUAGGGGAAAUAUGCAUAAGAUGAUCCCCAGGGCUAGCUGGCUGAAUUGGUCCUACUUGGGCCAGCGAGGAGGUCAGGGGAGAAUUAGCUGUGGGGUCUCAGAGCGGGUGAUCUUCAUAAAAGGGGAGGGGAAGGGAAAUAAAAGAUCAGGCUGGAUUCAAAUGAAAGGCCAGGCGGAAUAGCUCUGUCUUACAGGCCCGACGGAAGGAGGUUAAAUCCUGAAGGGCCCUGGUCUCGAGGGACAGAGCAUUCCACCAGGUCGGAGCCAUCACUGAAAAGGCCCCGGCUCUGGUGAAGGAGUCUGACUUCCUUAGGGCCUGGGACCUCUAAACUAUGGUUAUUCAUGGACCUCCUCUGCGGGGCAUACCAGGAGAGACGGUCCCGUAGAUACGAGGGCCCUAAGCCACAGCUCAGCAGUCUUUCUCUGUGCAGCAGCAACUGGCCCUGAGCUGGGUUCAGGGAAAGGCGGUCCUGUGAACGUCCCUGAGACCUGCAGGUAUAGGGCAGGAUAUAGAUUCACUAAAUAAUAAUAGCUCACUAGGGGGAUGGAGCACACUUACAGGCUGCAGUAUUUGUGGGUUGUUGUUUUUUUAUUUCCAGAUAAAACUGAAUAAUGGGAGCAUAUAAAAUAAUGCAUGGCAUAAAGAAAAUGAGUUGAGAUUAUUUCCCUCCCUCCGUCCUAAUGCUAGAACUCAGUGAAUUUCUCUGGAGCCUUUUCCUUGCUGGAGUCAUGGAAUUGUUGUGUUGGAAUUGACCGCGAGGGUCAUUUAGUUCUUCCAGUGCAGGAAUAUGAGGUCAGGCCCCUGCCGGCUCCUCUGACGGCUCUCUCAGGUGCAAAUUGCCGUCUCGUAUUUUUCCAUGGGCAUUGCCAGGAUUGAACCAGGAGCUCUCUGCGUGUGAAACACGUGGUCCGCCCUGUAUUUUAAAAAAACGAACAAACAAAAACCCCUGUCUCUUGUCCUGCUUUGCAAAUCUGCUCCUCUUAAGUUACUAGGUAAAGGUAAAGGGACCCUGACCAUUAAGCCCAGUCGUGGCCGACUCUGGGGUUGCGGCGCUCAUCUCGCUUUAUUGGCCGAGGGAGCCGGCGUACAGCUUCCGGGUCAUGUGGCCAGCAGGACUAAGCCGCUUCUGGCGAACCAGAGCAGCGCACGGAAACGCCGUUUACCUUCCCGCCGGAGCGGUACCUACUUAUCUACUUGCACUUUGACAUGCUUUUGAACUGCUAGGUUGGCAGGAGCAGGGACGAAACAAUGGGAGCUCACCCCGUUGCAGGGAUUCAAACUGCUGACCUUCUGAUCUGCAAGUCCUAGGCUCUGUGGUUGAACCCAGAGCACCACCCGCGUUAAGUUACUAGUCCACAGUAAAAGAAGAAGAAAAAAACCACUUCCUGCUCGCACCCUCCUCCACACCUGUUAGUUAAUUACUACUUACCGUCAGCUUGAACAGUGACACAACUCUUCCUUCUCUUCGCCCGGCGAUUGCUAUGUCGCCAUAGGCGAGCAGGUGCAAGGUGACUGGAACUGUGACCAGUUUUUACCUCCAGUUACUUUCAGACCCCUUCCAGCGCUGUUGGGAGGGAAUAAGGAUGUGUGCCUGAAAUUCAUAUGUGUGCAUAAGGGACGCGGGUAGCGCUGUGGGUUAAACCACAGAGCCUAGGACUUGCCGAUCAGAAGGUCAGCAGUUCGAAUCCCCACGAUGACGGGGUGAGCUCCCGUUGCUUGGUCCCUGCUCCUGCCAACCUUGCAGUUCGAAAGCACAUCAAAGUGCAAGUAGAUAAAUAGGUACUGCUCCGGCGGGAAGGUAAACGGUGUUUCCGUGCGCUGCUCUGGUUCGCCAGAAGCUGCUUAGUCAUGCUGGCCACAUGACCCGGAAGCUGUAUGCUAGCUCCCUCGGCCAGUAAAGCGAGAUGAGCGCCGCAACCCCAGAGUCGUCCGCGACUGGACCUAAUGGUCAGGUGGCCCAGCUGCUACGCCCGUAUCUGAACAGGGAUAGCCUAACUACUGUUGUCUAUGCUCUGGUAACCUCAAGGUUAGAUUACUGCAUUGCGUUCUACGUAGGGCUGCCUCUGAAGACGUUUCGGAAACUUCAGCCUGUGCAGAAUUCAGCGGCCGGGUUGCUCACCGGAGCAAGACGGUCUGAGCAUCUUACAUCAAUCCUGGUCUGACUUUACUGGCUACCAAUUAGGGUUUGGAAACUUCAGCCGGUGCAGAAUUCAAGCGGCCGUGGCACUCGCCGGGCGGCAAGACAGUUUGAGCACAUUGAACCGAUCCUGGGCCGCCGGUUCAUUUCUGGGCCCGAUUCAAAGUGCUGGUGUUGACCUAUAAAACUAACCCGAUAUUUAACUGAUAAUCAGUCAUGGUCAGUCUGUCAUUUGGAAAAAAAAAGGCUUUACAGCCGUCUUGCCCCAAAAACGAUAUUUUGCUUUGGCGACGGAAACCUGGCUCUCAGGAGCCAUUGGGCGCCUAGCUUAUAUAUCUUUGGGUAUGUCUUUAAGUUAACAUCUUACAUUUUAAACCUGACAGUACGAAACUAUCAAAGGCUUUUCACCAAAGCCAGACUAAACGUCUUUCCUUCUGCAGUGUUGGAUGGCAGGUUGAGAGGAGUUCCCUACCAGGACAGACUUUGCUCAUGUGCUCAAGACCUCGAUUCCAUAAAACAUAUGUUGCACUGUGCAAAAUAUGAGCAAGCCAGGGCUGAACUGAUACUACCCUUGCUGGUACCUUUCCCGGGAAAAUCAGAGGCUCACUAUGUCAGGUUCCUAUUGGAAGACCGGACAAACGCUAGAACAUUAGCAGUGGCAAAGUUUUUAUCAGUGGUUGCAAGAACCAAUGAUCCCUAUAUUCUGAACAAAAUGCUUGUUUAACCUGGAGGUAGGCUGUAUGAACUGUGUAUUGCUUUGUAACGAUUUGUUGGGUCUCUGGACCGUAAUAAAGAUUGAUGAUGAUAUAUCUUUGAGUUUCAAACUCUGGCAGCAGUGCUUCUGAAUACCAGUCGCUGGAAGCCGCGGGAGGGGAGGCUGUUCUUGCAUUCGAAUCCUGCUCACGGGUUUCCCAUUGGGAGAUCUGGCUGGCCGCUGUGAGACUAGGACAGGGGUCAGCAACCUGCGGCUCCGGAGCCGCAUGUGGCUCUUUUACACCUUUGCCGCGGCUCCGGGGUGGAUACUAGCGAGGGGAGGAGGCGCAUUGUGCGCCCCGACACUCCCCACUGUGGCGGGCGCUGUACUGGCUGUGACGUCGCGUGGGGGCGAUGCGUGCAUUAGUCUCCUUCCCACCCGCCCGCCACAUUGUAAGGGGCAUGUAUGCUGGUCACUGUUUUGAAGGGGAGUGAAGAACACACACACACAAAAAGGUAACUUGUUAAUUUAACGUUUAUUUCUAUGAGGAGGAGUAAUUCUGAGGGGUCAAACAAAGAAAUAAUAAAAAGUCACAAAAAAGUUAUUUUUAUAAUGACGAGUUUUGCGGCGUCCAGUGUUUUUUUUCUUCGGAAACGGUUCCAAGUGGUUUUUUCGUCUUAAAGGUUGCAGACCCCUGGACUAGGAUGUGAGGGCUUGAUGGACCAGUGGCCUGUAUUUGUGUAUUUCAGCAUUCGGGGUGGAGUUGGGGGACCAGAAUAUAAACGCCAAGUAUUACUAGAAGGGAAGGUUGAAUCUUGCGUUCGAAGAACGCUGAGCCUCCCUCCCUACCCUCCAAGACCCCUCCAACCCAGUCGGAACCUGAGCAUUUCUCCCCGAAGCUCUUUGGAAUUAUUGCCUGUGAAAUUUACCUCUGAAAUGAAUACAGUUGCUAUGGGAUUCAGCAGCAAAUCGGAAGGCUCUUUUGUUAUCUCUCCCUUCCUCACCCUGAGCACACAUUGCAGGUGGCGGUUGGAAGAGAGGUAAGUGAAAGAUGCGGAUAUUUUGGGUAGGUCGGGUUGUAAGCUACUUAAAUUUUAUUUUGGGGAGCAGUGAGAAGGCUUGACUUGUAAGGGUUUCCUGGAAAGUGGUUCUCAACUACAUUUGUCCCGCCGCUUGUGUUUUGCAGCCCUGUAGCAAAACCCUUGAAGGGAAGCGGGUGGCGCUGUGGGUUAAACCACAGAGCCUAGGACUUGCCCAUCAGAAGGUCGGCGAAUCCCCGCAAUGACGGGGUGAGCUCCCGUUGCUCGGUCCCUGCUCCUGCCAACCUAGCAGUUCGAAAGCGCACCAGUCCAAGUAGAUAAAUAGGUACUGCUCCGGCGGGAAGAUAAACGGCGUUUCUGUGUGCUGUUCUGUUUCGCCAGAAGUGGCUUCAUCAUGCUGGCCACAUGACCCGGAAGCUGUACGCCGGCUCCCUCGGCCAGUAAAGCGAGAUGAGCGCCGCAACCCCAGAGUCGGCCACUACAGGACCUGAUGGUCAGGGGUCCCUUUACCUUUUAGCAAAAGUCUUAAUCCACUUCUGACACCCUGUUGCACUAGGGGAGUUGAUGUUGCGGCGAUGGUCCCUGACAUGGGUGACUUUGCCCGUGUUUGAAAUUAGCCAGGCGCCAGGCGCGCUUUGUGUACUGUGUGAAUGCAGUCAGGGGCUGAAUCCCCACCUAGGUCACACCCUGGCCUCUCCUGGGGUCCAGCACUCUAACCAUUGCCUCUCACUGCCUUGCAUGCACGCAGCACACCUCAGCAGGACCAAUGGAGCGGCUUAAAAUGCCCAAGUAAAGUUUCAACCUGUCCUGGGAAGCAUCUCUCGGGAACCUUUUAUUGUUGGACUAGGCACCUGCCUCAUAGGAAAACCAAAAAAGCUCGCUCCUAUGGAAUCGCAUGCAACACAAAAAAAUGUGUCGCUUGGUCAUACAGGUGAAACUCGAAAAAUGUGAAUAUCGUGGAAAAGUUCAUUGAUUUCAGGAAUUCAACUUGAAUGGUGGAACUAUGAGAUCGACUCGUGACAUGCAAAGCGAGAUGUGCUUCUACUUCUCAGAGGUCCAAUCUUGCUCGCUUUGCAAUCCUUGUUUUGCUGAUUUCCUUGAAUAUUCUAAUUUUCUGAGAUGGUUAAUUUGGGGUUUUCACCAGCUAUACGCCAUGAUUAUCACAAUUAUCACAAAUCAAGGCUUGACAUAUCUCGCUUUGCAUGUCACGAGUCGAUCUCAUAUAUUAGUUUCACCUUUUAAGUUGAAUUACUGAAAUCAAGGAACUUUCUCAUGAUAUUCUCAUUUUUCGAGUUUCACCUGUAAUUAAGCCCUCCAUGCUUUUUAUAAGGGAUAUAUAUAGCCUGUCCAGAUCUCCCUCCUUUUUCCUUUCCUUUCUUUUUUUUUUGCAUUGGUCACAGGGCGGAUUUGAUUUAAAUAAAAUUGAUUUAAAUCACUACUCAGUAAGACUCGAUUUAAAUCUCUUUUUUUCCAAGAAAGACUCAUUCUUGCUGGUAUAAUCUUAAUAUUUACAACCAGAUGGAGGUUUCAUUUUCAGAAUAGCAAAUUUUCAGAGCAUUUUUUACAGUUAUAUCAAAAAUUACUGAUUUGUUUAUACCCUUAGAAAUACAUAGACAGAAGAUUAUGAAAUUAUUGUGAGGUUUAACAAGUCAACUGUUUAUAUUUGGACAACUUUUCUGCUGUGCUUUAUUGGCAGGAGAAAAAUAACCAUUACCUUAGUAACAAUUUGAGCAACUUAUUUAACUAAAACGGUAACAUUAUAGCAUAUAUGUAGACCAUGUUUGCUAACUGAUGUGGUUAAACGAUUUUUAAAAAAACCAAAUUUAGACUGAGUUUUAGCACACAUGAAAAACUUAAAACAAUCCUUAUUUCCUGAUGAUAGCCUUUGGACCAGGGGUCAGCAAACUUUUUCAGCAGGGGGCCAGUCCACUGUCCCUCAGACCUUGUGGGGGGCCGGACUAUUUUUUUUGGGGGGGGGGUGAACGAAUUCCUAUGCCCCACAAAUAACCUGGAGAUGCAUUUUAAAUAAAAGGACACAUUCAACUAAUGUAAAAACACGCUGAUUCCCGGACCGUCUGCGGGCCGGAUUUAGAAGGCGAUUGGGCCGGAUCCGGCCCCUGGGCCUUAGUUUUCCUACCCAUGCUUUGGGCUAUAAGAAGGCUUCCUCAACCUCGGCCCUCCAGAUGUUUUUGGCCUACAACUCCCACAAUCCCUAGCUAGCAGGACCAGUGGUCGGGGAUGAUGGGAAUUGUAGUCUCAAAACAUCUGGAGGGCCGAGGUUGAGGAAGCCUGGACUAUAAUGUAACUUAAAUAGAAAACUAUCUUUAGAAAGAAUUUCCCUCCAAAAGCAUUUUACAGUGGUACCUCGGGUUAAGUACUUAAUUCGUUCCAGAGGUCUGUACUUAACCUGAAACUGUUCUUAACCAGAAGCACCACUUUAGCUAAUGGGGCCUCCUGCUGCUGCCGUGCCACCAGAGCACAAUUUCUGUUCUUAUCCUGAAGCAAAGUUCUUCACCUGAAGCACUGUUUCUGGGUUAGUGGAGUCUGUAACCUGAAGCGUAUGUAACCCGAGGUACCACUGUAUUUUAAAAAUCCGAUUAAAAUAAAAUAAAAAAUCCGAUUAAAAUUUUUAAAAAUCUGAUUAUUAUUUUUUUAAUCAUUGAUUUAUAUCCACCCUGACUGGGCAGUUGUUGAGUUUGGGGGCUCCUGCCGUGUGUAGGUUUGUGUCUUGUGUAUGCAUGCGUGUGUGUGUGUGUGUGUCCCGCCUCCGUUCUUUCGCAGUCUCUUUCUCGGAAUUAGCCUCAAGCGCUGGGCUGCAACUCUGUCUGUGCAAAUCCUGCAAUAACAAGCUGGCUUUCACAGCUGAGCCUUGUAAUAACAAACAGGGAGAGGUGGGGGGGGGGGGAGAAAGUUGAGCAAGGAAGUGGGUUCCUGGCUUCCAAGCCUUCCCGGAGACUUUUCUAAGCGGGAAGGCCGGCAGUGCGUAUUGCAGGCCGUCGCGUUAUUGCCGGUGCGGGGGGGGGGUGUGUCCCCUUCCUGCCUUGGGGUUUUAAAACCACCGCGUAUCACGAACCCAGCGCCAUUACGAGGUGUCCCUCGGGGCAAAGGAAUAGAACCAAAGAACCGGAGUUGGAUGGGAUCCAGUUGUUCUCAUGUUUUGCUCAGGACAUCAUGUGACGCAGUGGUUUAGAGUCUCGGACUGGGACCUGGCAGAGGCCAGGGUUCGAAUUGCCACUCGCUGGCCGUGAAGCUCACCAGGUGAACUUGGGACACUUGCAAAACGCUCGGCCUAGUCUCCCUCGCAGGGUUGUUGCGAGGAUAAAAUGGGCAGGGCGGGAACUUUGUACGUCCCCUUGAGCUGCCCAUGGCCAGGGAAGGUGGCAUAUAAACGCAGUAAACGACAAGACUAUAAAUGCCGUAAACGGGCAAACUUCCUUGGGUACAGUGUUAGAAACUCAGGUAUAUAAGGUAAAGGGACCCCUGACCAUUAGGUCCAGUCGUGGCCGACUCUGGGGUUGUGGCGCUCAUCUCGCUUUAUUGGCCGAGGGAGCCGGCAUACAGCUUCCAGGUCAUGUGGCCAGCAUGACUAAGCCACUUCUGGCGAACCAGAGCAGCGCACGGAAACGCCAUUUACCUUCCCGCCGGAGCGGUACCUAUUUAUCUACUUGCACUUUGACGUGCUUUCGAACUGCUAGGUUGGCAGGAGCAGGGACUGAGCAACGGGAGCUCACCCCGUCAUCGCGGGGAUUCGAACCGCCAACCUUCUGAUCUAUUUCCAUUUCCACUUUGUGUUUUUCCCUUCUUGCAUACUGGGACAAGUGAAUUGCUACAAGAGCGAGCUGCUGUUGAGCGAUGAGAUUGUAGCAUUGGAGUGGGACCCCAUGGGUCAUCUAUUCCUACCCCCUGGCGAACAGACAUUCCAUUGUGGUGACCGCAGCCUAGGUUUAAGGUGCCACGCACAGAGAGUCAGUAUAAAACCCUCCCUGCAGCCCAGUCCUGCAGCCGGACAGCGUGCGUUCUGUAUUCAGACACACGGUUUACUCUGUACGUGUGCCCAUAUUUUAUAAAAAUGUACGCACCGUUUGGUAGUAAAGAGAGAAUGGGGGAAGAAAAGCUCAGGGCAGUUCACAGAACAAAACAAUGAAGCGAUCAGCAGAAACAACUCUUUAAAAACACUCGAAAGAUAAAAUAAGCCAUAAACGUAAAAGCAGAUUAAACCCAACACCUGAAUUCUGCAUGUCAGGGCAAGCUUGCUUAAACAAAAAAGCUUUUUGGCAGGUGCUGAAAAGAGUAAGGGCUUCGCCACACUAAAAUGCACACUGUAUUUAUUACCAGUGUGGAGUGAACAUUAUGUGGAACCUCAGAGCAGUUGAGAGGGUGUUUAUGGUAAGGCGAUAUUUGCAAGUGAACUGGUCCCAAGCUGUUAAAGGCUUUAUAUACUAAUAAUAUACUGCUUUUUAACCUUUCUUUCGCCAUUGGUGGCCAACUUUGUUUUCUAUACCAUAGAGUAGUGGUUCUCAACCUUGGGUCCCCAGAUGGUUUUGGCCUACAACUCCCAUGAUCCCUAGCUCACAGGACCAGUGGUCAGGGAUGAUGGGAGUUGUAGGCCAACAACAUCUGGGGACCCAAGGUUGAGAAAGGCUGCCAUAGAGUAUUAGCUUUUGCCCAGUGUUGGAAACUCAGGAAUAAGAGCUAGGGGCCAAAUGGCUUCUUAAACCAGGGUUAAAAAGGUAAAGGGACCCCUGAUCAUUAGGUCCAGUCGUGACCGACUCUGGGGUUGCGGCGCUCAUCUUGCUUUAUUGGCCGAGGGAGCCGGCAUACAGCUUCCAGGUCAUGUGGCCAGCAUGACUAAGCCGCUUCUGGCAAAGCAGAGCAGCGCACGGAAACGCCGUUUACCUUCCCGCCAGAGUGGUACCUAUUUAUCUACUUGGGCAUUGACGUGCUUUUGAACUGCUAGGUGGGCAGGAGCAGGGACCGAGCAACGGGAGCUCACCCCAUCAUGGGGAUUCGAACCACCGACCUUCUGAUCGGCAAGUCCUAGGCUCUGUGGUUUAACCCACAGCGCCACCCACGUCCCACCAGGGUUAAGUGUCACCAAAACGGUUGCCAUUCUUGGGCCAGAUUUUGAAAGGCAUAUUUUCCAGUACGACUUUUUGGUUCCUGAAAUUCUUUCUGAUGCUGCUGAGAAAAUAGAACGGGUGGAAUUCUUACAGGAUGGGGUUUCAGAGUGUGAAAACAGAUCCAAAGAUCUCCAGGCAUGCACCUCCAGAUUUCGGAGACACCGGGUGCAAAAAGCGCCUGUUGAGUUUUGAAUUCUGCUUUCACCCUUGCUUCUAAGAACCAGCUGUCUAAAAAGCUUUUGUUCGGGCAGGGCUGUUCCUUGCUUAAACUGUCUGGCAACCGGACGGGUGCCAGGGUGGUUUCGAGAAUUGCCAUCUUUUGCACGCAGAGCCUUAGGUGGUUUGGUAUCAACUCGGAUACGGGGAAAUAUAUUAAAGUUACUACGCUGAUGGCAUUUGACACCAUUACGGUGUAGCUGUGUUCAUAAAACUAUCCCACCAUUGUUCUGCAGAGGCUGCAAUAGUUAUAGGUACAACAUUUCACAUGUGGUGGAACUGCCCUGAAACCUUGGGGGUAUAGGGUGGUAUAUAAAUUCAAUCAAUCAAUCAAUCAAUCAAUCAAUAAAACGUGAACAUAUAAAGCCCUUCUGGCAGAGGGUGCUCACCGAAUAACCUUUAUUACGGGUCAACAUGUGCAACGUACCAAAGUUUGGGAUUGUUAACUAUUUUUUAAGAAGAGCAAUCUGACUUUAGUUAUAAAACACUAAUCAAUUUUAUUUUAGUAGCAGCUCCGAAUUGGAAAGGGACCUCUGUGUAUCUCUCGUUGGAAACAGAAUGUACGGUCUCCCGCUGUUAUAGGAAAAAUUAUCGAAGAGAUCAUAUCCAUUGCAUAAUACGAACAAUGUGUAGACUGUUUUGUUGAAAUGGGCUAUCCUUUUGUGAAAACACUUUCCUGCUAACUUUCCUGGCAAGCUGCCAAAAUUGUCACUUUUGCAAACAUCCAGUUUUCAAAAAACGCAAAUACCGCCUUUGACUUCCCUCCCCCUUUCUGUGCUUCCUUGCGUUCCAAUUUUCACGCUACAUCUCCUUUCUAAUUCCAGUUAUGAAUAAAUCUCUUAAUAUCGCUUGACGUAAAUUUUGGCUGCGAGUUCCAAAUCAGUCCUGCUGCUAAUGAAUUUAGUCGUUUGCAGGGCUUUAUCGAAUACGUAGUAUACUUCCCCUUUUCUUUAUUAAAAGUUGAUAUUUCCUGGUUUCUAGUUCUUCCUGUAAAUUUUGGACUUUUCGGCGUAGUCCGUUUGGCAAACUUAACUGGAUUGAUCCGCCGGGGUGUGUUGGGGGUUUUGCUUCUGUAUUUUUCUCUCUAUUGCAAUUGCUGGGUACUGGAAAUUAAUAAAACUAUGUAUAUAUUUCUGGCAGGAUCUUCAGGUUGGUAAAGGGAUCUCAGAGCAGUUUCCCUGAGUCUUAUUUUUCCAGCAGUGUCUGCAUGGUGAGGUACCACCCCCCAGCUAAUUACCUCCCCGGCGCCUAUUAGCUGUGAGCUCUCGGCUUGCCUUCUGACCUCAGCCGAGCCUGCCUUCCUUUGGGUUCUUCCUUUGGCACACCCCGCAAAGCCGCUUGGAUAUUUCGACUCUCUCUUUCUCUCAUUAGAGCUGGCGGGAGGCAGGGAGAGACCUGCGAAGUUCUCCCAACUUCGUUUUUUCCUUCCCGAUACUGUCUCUUUUCCUUCCUUCCUUCCUUCCUUCCUUCCUUCCUUCCUUCCUUCCUUCUCCGCCUUGUGGCAUCAGUAGCACCUUGGAAGUGCACACGGAGGGGGAAGAGGGCCUGUUCCACCUCGCAACCCUAGUGCACAAGUUACUAUUCCACAAGUAAAACCAGACUGUCACUCUCAAAGCUCUUGACCUAGCUCAAGGUUGUCCUCUGAACUGUUUGUUGUUUAGUCGUUUAGUCGUGUCUGACUCUUCGUGACCCCCUGGACCAGAGCACACCAGGCACUCCUGUCUUCCACUGCCUCCCGCAGUUUGGUCAAACUCAUGCUGGUCGCUUCGAGAACACUGUCCCACCAUCUCAUCCUCUGUCGUCCCCUUCUCCUUGUGCCCUCUAUCUUUCCCAGCGUCAGGGUCUUUUCCAGGGAGUCUUCUCUUCUCAUGAGGUGGCCAAAGUCUUGGAGCCUCAGCUUCAGGAUCUGUCCUUCCAGUGAGCACUCAGGGCUGAUUUCCUUCAGAAUGGAGAGGUUUGAUCUUCUUGCAGUCCAUGGGACUCUCAAGAGUCUCCUCCAGCCCCAGAAUUCAAAAGCAUCAAUUCUUCGGCGAUCAGCCUUCUUUGUGGUCCAGCUCUCACUUCCAUCCUCUGAACUAGCCAGACGUUUAACUGAGAAUCAACCACAGCCAGUCCAUCAUUUGGAAAACGAGACGUGCCCCAAAAUGGCAGCUGGGCAUUCUGUUUUGGCGCCUGUAACCCUGAUCCAAUGAGCCAUUUGGCGCCAAGUUUAUAUAUCUGAGUUUCUAACACUGGCCAGGUCCUGUAAGGGUGGGGUGGAGGGGUCUGUUUCCACGUUCUUAAGAUCCCGGGCCCAGUGCAUAGGAUGCUGCCCGUAUCCUAACAUAUAGCCGUUUCUGGCAACCUGACGCCCUCCAUAAGUUUCGUACUACAACUCCCAACCUGGCGCUGGGAUGCCGGAGCUCAUCAGCUGGUUUUGCUGUGGCGGGGGCAGUGGGAGGCACGGAAAGAGGUUAUUUCCGCAGGCUCCUUAGCUUUUUGAAGAAGCCGCUAGUCCUCAUGUGUCUAAAUUCCGCGCAGGGGCGUAGAACCUCCGGGGACCGUGCAAUCGUUUUGCGUGGAGAAGCAGAGAAGGGUGCCUUGGUUCUCCCCCCCCCUCCGUUCGCCUCUCCAGCUUUUCUGCGUCUGCCGCAGUGCAUCUCUCCUGGGGGAGCAGGAGAGAGUUGUGGAAACCAUAGGAAACCAACCUCCCUGCAGGGACAGCCUUUUAAAAGCGUCUCCCCGUCGUUCCGCCUUAGGCGGAGAGAUAAAACCGUAUGGUGAUGUCAUGGGGGAACAGGCUCAAGAGUGUCUCAUGUGGCGGGGGGGGGGGCGGGAAUCCAAGCAGAGAGAACCCCCAAGUCCCUUUAGAGCUGGCAGAGCCCUCAGGACAUUGGUUGGGGCGGUGGCAGUCGGGUGCCCCUGCCGGCACGGCGUCCUGCAGACCUGGCAAUCGGAAAUAAGUCUGCGGAAGUGGCUAGUCCACAAGACAAAACGGUUUAUGAGCCUGCCUUGGGUGGGUAUGUGGUAGAGCAGCUGUUUUGCAUGCAGAAGGUCCCAGAUUCGGUCUGCAGUGGCGUUCUUCAGGUAUGGCAGAGAGAGAGAGACAGCCAGUCGGUUCAUCUACCUCGCAAGGUCAUUGUAGGGAUGGCCGAGGGCCUUCUGGCGGUUCCCUCCCUGCGAGAAGCCAAGUUACAGGGAACCAGGUAAACAAGACCUACACUGGCUCCCAGUACUUUUCCAAGCACAAUUCAAAGUGUUGGCGCUGACCUUUAAAGCCCUAAACGGCCUCGGCCCAGUAGUCCUGAAGGAGCGUCUCCACCCCCAUCGUUCUGCCCGGACACAGGUCCAGCGCCGAGGGCCUUCUGACGGUUCCCUCCCUGAGAGAAGCCAAGUUACAGGGAACCAGGCAGAGGGCCUUCUCGGUGGUGGCGCCCUCCCUGUGGAACGCCCUCCCAUCAGAUGUCAAAGAGAAAAAUAACUACCAAACUUUUAGAAGACGUCUGAAGGCAGACCUGUUUAGGGAAGCUUUUAAUGUUUAAUAGGUUAUUGUAUUUUAGUGUUUUGUUGGAAGCCGCCCAGAGUGGCUGGGGAAACCCAGCCAGAUGGGCGGGGUAUAAAUAAUAAAUAAUUAUUAUGAUUAUGAACUCAGAUAUAUCAGGUAAUCAACAAACGGCACCUGAAACCUAGGUUGCAGUCGCCACAGCAGAAUUUCUAGGUACCUUUUCUUUUUGCAGUGAAGUUUAUUAUUAUUAUUUGUUUCAAAAAUAUUUUUAUUGAAAGUUUUCACCAUAAAGAUACAAUAAAAACCAAUCUAAUCCAAACAAGAAAGAGAUAAAGAGUAGUGUAAAUAAGACAAUAAAAAGCAAGGUGAGAGAAAAGAAAACAAAACAGAUUUUUUAAAAGACUGUAGUCUAAACCACUGAGCCUCUUGGACUUGCCAAUGAAAAGGUCGGUGGUUCGAAUCCCUGCGAAGGGGUGAGCUCUGUCCCUGCUCCUGCUCCUGCCCACCUAGCAGUUCGAAAGCACACCAGCGCAAGUAGAUAAAUAGGUACCGCUCCGGCGGGAAGGUAAACGGCGUUUCCGUGUGCUGCUCUGGUUCGCCAGAAGCGAGCUUAGGUUGCCUACCCCUGGGUCUGUCUCUGUACAAGGCAGCUUUCUGUCUGUUUGCAUAUCUGUAAGUUGUGCUCUCAUAAAAAAUACAUCAAGGAUUUUAAAAAAAGAAGUCAGCAUUAAAGUGUUGGUUAUUGGUUCAGAAGAGAAAAUCGUUUCAUUUGCAGGAAUAGGUUCUGUGUGGGAUGUUUUGGAGGGAGAAACCAAACUUCGUUAUCAGCAAAAAGUUUUGCAAAGUUUUCUGCCCGAAUGCUUGCAGGCACCAUGCCUCCACUUGCCAAAAGCAACCCUGUCAUAAGGAAAGUUCCCAAUGUGUGUUUCAGAUCCCCCAUAGCUUAGCUUCUCGGUUCUCAUCUGCCUUCCUCCUUCCUGCCAACUUUCUGUUUCGAAACCUUUGCUGAAAAAAAAGCGUCUUUUUUAUAAAAAAAAUAGAUAAGCCUGAAUACAGGGACCCCGGAAGCUUCUGCUUAUUGGAAACCAAAAGUCAGAAUAAGAAUAUAAUGAGGGGAAUUUUUUAAUGAGAAAAAAUCUCUCCCGCCCCUCCUGGUUGGAAGCCAGGGACUUUUUCCUCUGCAAAAGGGGAAGUUGGAGAGAGAGAGAGAGAGAGAGAGAGAUUAGAUGCCCUUCCUAAGGGAGGAGAGGAAAUAAUAAUUCUAUAAGGUUGGAGGGGGGCAUUAAAAUGCCGGGCAGCCCCUCCAGAGGCACACACACAUACCCCAAAUUGAUUUUUGCCGCUGCCCCAUAUCUGCGUUUCUCCAUCAUUUGCAAAAUAGCACAACACAGCUUUGAGUGUGUGCACACAAAUACACACUCGCACUGGAGGGAGAGAGGACAAUGGCAAUGCGAAGCCGGGCGCUUAAUCUCUGGCUUUUGCAAAGUAAUGAUUUUUAUUAGCGGGCCCUAAUUCGUGAUAAGGAGCAGACUUCGAGCUCCUAAGGAGGUGGAGAGUAGCUCGAAGGUGUGCUCACAGUGCCUGGGGAACCUCAAAAUCCAAUCCAGGGGUGCUUUGCGGGAGCGUAUUGAUUCAUCAAAACUAUGAGUAGGCGAAGCGAAGGUCCGGGGGCCAGAUCCUGCCCAAUCGCCUUCUCAGUCCGGCCUGCUGACGGUCCGGUAAUCAGCAUGUUUUUACAUGAGUAGAAUGUGUGCUUUUAUUUAAAAAGCAUCUCUGGGUUGUUUUGGGGGCCUGCCUGGUGUUUGUACAUGAGUAGAAUGUGUGCUUUUAUUUAAAAUGCAUCCCUUUGUUAUUUGUGGGGCAUAGGAAUUUGUUCAUUACCCCCGUCCCCCCCCCCAAAAAAAAAAUUUAGUCCGGCGCACCACAAGGUCUGAGGGACAGUGGACCGGCCCCCUGCUGAAAAAGUUUUCCAACCCCUGAUCAAAACAAUACAUGGUGGGUUGAAUUGCAUGAUCGGGGCACUUUUUUGGGGGGGGGUUGGCUGGAUGGGACAGAUCUUUAUCUCCGUGCUGCCGCGUCUGCACAGGCCAGCUUCUGGUGACUGGACCACCAGCCUGCCCACUUGCCCAAAGCUGGCCAGUAGGAGGGUUGAAGCCCUUGCCCAUCAGCUGUAUGUGCUUCAAUCCUGCGUUCUGCAUGGAUUGAACCCGGCCUUCGAGGCAGCCUCUCCCGAUUUACUAGUUCAGGCCCUGCUUUCCGGAACAGCAGAAAACAGACUUUUCCCCACCUUCCACGUGGCGGCCCUUGAGGGAUUUGGAGGCUGCUGCCCUCUCCCCUCUAACCAUGGCUACCACCCUGCGGUUUUAUUUUGCGCUGCCCUAUAUCUUCCCUGGGACUCGGGUGGCGCUGUGGGUUAAAGCACUGAGCCUAGGACUUGCCGAUCAGAAGGUCGGCGGUUCGAAUCCCCGCGACGGGGUGAGCUCCCGUUGCUCGGUCCCUGCUCCUGCCAACCUAGCAGUUCGAAAGCACGUCAAAGUGCAAGUAGAGAAAUAGGUACCGCUCCGGCGGGAAGGUAAACGGCGUUUCCAUGCGCUACUCUGGUUCGCCAGAAGCGGCUUCGUCAUACUGGCCACAUGACCCGGAAGCUGUACGCCGGCUCCCUCGGCCAAUAAAGCGAGAUGAGCGCCGCAACCCCAGAGUCGGACACAACUGGACCUAAUGGUCAGGGGUCCCUUUACCUUUACUAGAUAAGCAAGAGAACCUUCCUUGUUGAGAUAACCAGGAUGCUGGCGACACAAGACUUAGCUCUCAAAGAAUGUCUGCUUUUUAUUCUUUUUUAAAUGAACUUCAUCCACUUCUGCUCAUCGUGGGAUGAGUUCACGGAGGCCAUAGUGGAACCCCCACCCACGGAGGGAGUCUUAUCUUCAAAUACCAGCUGCUUGGCAGGGCCUGGACUUCCCCUCUUGCCAUCGCUUCUGCAUCUGGCUGGGACGUUGGACAGGGUGGAAAACUGGCCUGGGCCUGCCAGGAGCCACACGCUGAUUCUGAGGUUUCCCAGGCGGCGCCGGCAAACUUUCAAGGUUCUAGAAACUAGAAACGGCGACGCUAUUAUUAAGUGAAAACAAGAGAUUCAUAUGAACUCUCGGUACUGAACAAGACCACCCACUUCCUGCGCUUGCGCACCUGCACAGCACCCCGGCAGGAUAGCAACCUUCUGCAACGGCAGGGAAGAUAUAGGGUAAAAUAAAACCGCAGGGUGGUAGCCGAAGGUCGAAGCGGCCCUGAGCCCGGCUUUGGCUGGGGAGGGCGGGAUAUAAAUAAAAUUUAUUAUUAUUAUUAUUAUUAUUAUUAUUAUUAUUAUUAUUAUUAUUAUGGUUAGAGGGGAGAGGACAGCUGCCUCCAAAUCCUUCAAGGGCCACCACGUGGGAGGUGGGGGAAAAAAUCUGUUUUCUACCGUUCCGGAAAGCCGGGCCUGAACCACUGCCGCAAGCGGGGAAGAGUCGCUUCUCUUGUGCUCAGGUCCUCUUGGGGCAUCUUGUUGGCCACGGUGAGGGCAGAUCGCCCCCCUUUCGGCCUGAUGCGGCUGCUACCUGUUCUCCUCUUAUCAAGGUUCCUAAAUGGAGCCUCCAUGGACAGAGGCACUCUACCUUAGAAUGGCAGAGGAGGAGGAGGAGAGCGGGAGGAAGCUAUCGCUCUCGCCUCCUGCUUGGGGGGGCUUCCCUAUGGUAAAGUUACCAGAUUUAUUUCAGUGAAUCCGGGGACACAAUCAAUCAAUCAAAAGAGGAAAAAAGUUAUUAAAGAAAAUAAAGAAAUAAUAACUUCUCUUCUGCGGUCUCCACUGUUGCACGGCCUUCCCUGGGUCCCGGUCUUUCUUGGAGCGCUCGCUGUGCUGCCCCCCUCCCUCCCUCCUUGCACUGCGAUCCCCUACAGGUUUACUCAGGAGUAAGCGUUAGUUAACCCACAGGAACGCGGGUGGCGCUGUGGGUUAAACCACAGAGCCUAGGACUUGCCGAACUGAAGGUCGGCAGUUCGAAUCCCCGCAACAGGGUGAGCUCCCGUCGCUCCGUCCCUGCUCCUGCCAACCUAGCAUUUCGAAAGCACAUCAAAGUACAAGCAGAUAAAUAGGUACCGCUCCGGCGGGAAGGUAAACGGCGUUUCCGUGCGCUGCUCUGGUUCGCCAGAAGCGGCUUAGUCCUGCUGGCCACAUGACCCAGAAGCUGUACGCCGGCUCCCUCGGCCAGUAAAGUGAGAUGAGCGCCGCAACCCCAGAGUCGUCCGCAACUGGACCUAAUGGUCAGGGGUCCCUUUACCUUUAAGCGUUAGCAGAACCCCCUCCUCCUGCUGCUGCUGCCCUGCCCGUCUGUCUGGGCAUCUCCUGUGCAGGCAUCGCCCAGCGGCUGCCCAUCUGCGCUGUGGCGCGCCCAGUCAGCGGGUCCAGGGCAGAGCAGGUGGCGAGCGUGCAGGAGGAGGCGAGCUUCGGCCGGAUCAGCUCGUCUCCUGCUCGCCUCUCGUCCGCGAUGGCCAACGACGAGCUAGCCAACAAGCUGAGCCGCCAGUUGCAAGUCGAGGAGCGCAGUGGCGGAGCCGCAGCAACAGCCGCCCAAGCAGCACCCAGAGCCCAAGCCGAUGGCCUUGGGCAGCGGUGCCCAUGGCGAGCUGAGCGCCAAGUUGCAGUGGCGCACCGAGCUCAGUGACCCCAUGCAGCUUUCACCCGGCGGUGGUGCCCAGCGCUGUGUCUUCACCCCAUAGAGUCUCCAUAUGAUGUGUCUUGUGCGCAACACAUCAUAUGGGGACUUCCAGCGAGGCAAAGUGGCGGGCACCACGGUAAUCAUAAUAAUAAUAAUAAUAAUAAUAAUAAUAAUAAUAAUACAGUGGUACCUCAGGUUAAGUACUUAAUUCGUUCCAGAGGUCCGUUCUUAACCUGAAACUGUUCUUAACCUGAAGCCCCACUUUAGCUAAUGGGGCCUCUUGCUGCCGCUGCACAAUUUCUGUUCUCAUCCUGAAGCAAAGUUCUUAACCCGAGGUACUAUUCCUGGGUUAGCGGAGUCUGUAACCUGAAGCGUAUGUAACCCAAGGUACCACUGUAAUAAAUUUCAUUUAUACCCUGCCCUCCCCAGCCAAGGCCGGGCUCAGGGCGGGUAACACCCGAUAUAAAAACAAAUUGAUUGAAAUACAACUUAAAAACAGGAUUAAAAUACAAUAUUAAAAUACAGCCUCAUUUCAAUGGAAACUCAAAUAAAAAACUUUUUUGGGGAUGAAAACGUCAACUUUCCAGAGUUAGCAGGCAACUCCUGAAGCUAGCCAGAGCCAACUGCGGUACCAGGCUGGCUGUGGGCUGCUGAGACUGCCACAGUUCCCGGGGACAUUAGAUGAAAUCCAGGGAUGGAAUUUGUCCGGGGACAAAUCUGCAAAUCCGGGGACUGUCCCCGGGAAAUGGGGAUGUCUGGUAACCCUACCCAAUGGGGCAUCUAGCUGCCCUUUAGGUCUGAUUCCAGCUGUUGCCAGAGUCUCCGUAAUGUCCCCACAUUAAUUUCUCUCCUCUCUCUGCUCCUCUCUUUCCAGGACUCGGUGGCGCUGAAGCCGUCAAUUCAGUUCGAAGGAAGCCAAGGGGUAAGUCGAAGGCCUGUGACUGAAUGUAAAAAAAUCUGCUUUGCGCUCUCUCUCUUCCUUUAAAAAUAAUCAUAAUGGCCUCUCCAGCACUGAGACGGGACAAUGGGAUUUCGGUUAGGAGGUUCAGAAACUGGGCCAAAUCUCGUAGGAGCCCCCUUAAAAAAAAAAAGGUAGUUCAGAUAUGAGUUUUCAGUAAGAAACUGGAAACGGCCGUUAUUCUAUUCUUGGGGCUGGUUUGUUGGAAACUGAGCCUUUUCUCUUUCCCUGUUUCGCUUUGUGAGAGCUGCUGAUGGCAGCUGACAUCUCUCUGCCCCCCCCCUCUGCAAGGUCCGCUUCUGCCCUUAAGCUGGGAACUGGGGCAGAGGAUUGCAAAGGGCGCCUCUUUCCUCCCUCAUGCAAUGGCUUCGCUGGCUUCCUCCCCCCAGGCUUUGGCGAGGCUCUCAAAAAGAAAUUCUGCAAUGGAUAUUUUUCAAUAAUAAUAAUUUAUAAUAAUAAUUUAUUAUUUAUACCCCGCCCAUCUGGCUGAGUCUCCCCAGCCACUCUGGGCGGCUUCCAAUCAAGUGUUAAAAACAAUACAGCAUUAAAUAUUAAAAACUUCCCUAAACAGGGCUGCCUUCAGAUGUCUUUUAAAGAUAGGAUAGCUGCUUAUUUCUUUCACAUCUGAAGGAAGGGCGUUCCACAGGGUGGGCGCCACCACCGAGAAGGCCCUCUGUCUGGUUCCCUGUAACCUCGCUUCUCGCAAUGAGGGAACCGCCAGAAGGCCCUUGGCGCUGGACCUCAGUGUCCGGGCUGAACAAUGGGGGUGGAGACGCUCCUUCAGGUACAAUUCAAAGUGUUGGUGCUGACCUUUAAAGCCCUAAAUGGCCUCGGUCCUGUAUACCUGAAGGAGCGUCUCCACCCCCAUCGUUCUGCCCGGACACUGAGGUCCAGCUCCGAGGGCCUUCUGGCGGUUCCCUCCCUGCGAGAAGCCAAGUUACAGGGAACCAGGCAGAGGGCCUUCUCGGUGGUGGCACCCUCCCUAUGGAACACCCUCCCACCAGAUGUCAAGCAGAAAAACAACUACCAGACUUUUAGAAGACAUCUGAAGGCAGCCCUGUUCAGGGAAUCUUUUAAUGUUGAAUAGGUUACUGUAUUUUAGUGUUUUAUUGGAAGCCGCACAGAGUGGCUAGGGAAACCAAGCCAGAUGGGCAGGGUACAAAUAAUUUAUUAUUAUUAUUAUUAUUAUUAUUAUUAUUAUUAUUAUUAUAACAAACAAACCGCUAGCCCCCCCUUCCCACAAACACAUUUAAAAGACCUGGUUGAAGAAGAACGUCUUUGCCUGGUGCCUAAAGGUGUUUAAUGAAGGUGUCAGGCAAGCCUUCCUGGGGAAAGCAACCCACAAGCAGGGUGCCACCGCAGAAAAGGCCCCGUUCUCGUGUUGCCACCCUCCGGACCUCUCGAGGAGGAGGCACAUGAGGAAUGCAAGGUCCUGGUUAGUUUAUAUGGGGAUUGCUGGGCUUCCUGCCCCCACAAUGUUCCCCACUCCUACCCCUUCCCCACCUCCCUUGCUUCAUUAGAGGUUUUUGAGUAGAGACAGGGCAGCCAUCUGGCUGCGGUUCUUUAGGAGCGAUCCGUCCCUUGCAGGGGGUUGGACUAGAUGACCGCUGGGUGCCCCUUCGAACUCCAUGGUUCUGGGAUUCUGUCAAUAACAGCAGCAGCAGCAAUAGCUCCUCUAGUUUUAGUAGCAUUUGUGUGUGUUCUUGUCAUUAUUCUCUGUUUUUUUAUUUGGCUUUUUUACACUGUGAUCUUCAGAUGAAGGGUGGUGGUGUACAAAUUGAAUGCACAACAAUAAUAAUAGAUUGGAGGUUUUUGAACAGAGGUUGGGACCGCCAGAUCUGAUGGGGCGUCUUCGGGCGGGAUUCCUGCUUUGCAUUGUGUUGGAUUGGAUGAGCCCUGGGUGCCCCUUCCAACUCUCCUAUUCCCUUAUUCUGUAACUUGCUGGCUAAGGCUUCGCGUGUACAUCUUCUAAUCUUAUUUUCUUUUUUAAAACAAAAACCCAGCACAUCUCGAUACCUCGGCCAGACGGAGCAGCGGGGGCCCAGACAUUCUCGUUUUACCUCUCCAACAUCGGGAAAGAUAGUCCCCAGGGGAGCUUUGACUGCGUCCAGCAGUAUGUCUCCAGGUGAGUUGCCCCGUCCAGGCCCCAAUCCCUGCAGCUCCCACGGCCGGCGAUGUGGGUUUUCCGCACGUUUUCAAAUGGGAGCAGAACGCCCCAGAAAACCUCCUUACGCCGAUAGGGCAAUUUGCGACACGUUCGACUCCGGGGUGGGAGCCUUCCCCCUUUGGCCAGCAGUCAGCGGGGCCAGAGGGGGGAGUGGGCAGGGCGCUGGGUGCAAAUACUACCUUUGCACGGUAGGCUCGUUUCUGCACAUGCUCAGGAACCCCUGUUUGUCCUCCGAUCCACACAAGCAGGGUGUCUCACCAGAGCGGUGCAUGCUCUGGUUAUCUCCCGCUUGGACUACUGCAGUGCGCUCUCUGUGGGGCUACCUUUGAAGGUGACCCAGAAACUACAACUAAUCCAGAAUGUGGCAGCUAGACUGGGGACUGGGAGUGGCCGCCGAGACCACAUAACACCGGUCCUGAAAGACCUACAUUGGCUUCCAGUAUGUUGCUGAGCACAAUUCAAAGUGUUGGUGUUGACCUUGAAAGCCCUAAACGGCCUCGGCCCCGUAGACCUGAAGGAGCGUCUCCAGCCCCAUCGUCCAGCCCGGACACUGAGAUCCAGCUCCAAGGGCCUUCUGGCGGUUCCCUCCCUGCGAGAAGUGAGUUGCAAGGAACCAGGCAGAGGGCCUUUUCAGCUGUGGCACCCACCCUGUGGAACACCCUUCCAUCAGAUGUCAAGGAAAUAAGUAACUGUCUGGCUUUUAGAAGACAUCUGCAGGCAGCCCUGUUUAGGGAAGUUUUUAAUGGUUGAUGUUUUAUUCUGUUUUUAAUAUUCUGUUGGGAGCCACCCAGAGUGGUUGGGGAAACUCAGCCAGAUGGGCGGGGUAUAAAUAAUAAAUUAUUAUUAUUAUAUUAUUAUUAUAAUAUAGCGGACGCUAUAUUCUGUUGGGAGCUGCUGUAUUGUGUUUUUACUCUCCGAUAGGGAGCAGCCAAGAGUGGCUGGGGAAACCCAGCCAGAUGGGCAGGAUAUAAGUAACAAAUUAUUAUUAUUAUUAUUAUUAUUAUUAUUAUUAUUAUUAUUAUCCUGCGGACAACAUUGAGGGCCACACAGGGAGGUCCCAAGGGCCGCAUAGCCUAGAAAGCCAGCAAACCAGGAGACUUUUAGAGGAAGGCGAAGAAACGGAGGCAGGCAUGGAUUUUAGCCCUGGUAUCUCCCAGGCACUCUAACCACUAUGCAACACUGUCUCUGACCUGGGGUGGGGUGGUGACCUGCGCUUUAGGUGCAAUGACCAGGCGGCUUCUUCUUCUUCCCGAAAGACUCCGGUUCCUUUAUGUUUUUCAUUUCUGCCUCUGCUUACCCUUCAGCAGCAAUGGGAACAUCCAGUUGGACUGCCUUGGCACCAUCCAAGACAAAAUCACCGUUUGUGCCACCGACGACUCCUACCAGAAGGCGAAGCAGAGCAUGGCACUGGUGGAGGAGGAGACCCGGAGCCGGGGGGCCAUCGUCAUCAAGCCGGGGGGCCGCUAUGUCGGUGAGCAGCGACAGCAUUGCGUACGGUCAAUCAUUGCAGCAGGGGAGAGUGUCUCCGGCCGUGGAGCUGUUUCAAAACCCGCAUUCUCUUGCAAGCAGCCUUCCGGGGGAACAGAGCCGUGCUUUGGUUUCCAAACAUUUUGGAAGUUGAAUGGACUUCCGGUACGGAUUCCGUUCGACUUCCAAGGUGUGACUGUAUUGAUCUGAACAUUUUUGACCCGUCAGUAUAUUGCGAAUCGCGAUGUGUGUCAGGGGUAGGGCCGGUCGAUGCAUCGUUCAAACCCAGUUUGAAGUCUGUAUCGUGAGUCCGGUUUCAUAAUUUUUAUCCUGGCAGUAUAUUGUGGGUUAAACCACAGAGCCUAGGGCUUGCCGAUCAGAAGGUCAGCAGUUCAAAUCCCCACAAUGACGGGGUGAGCUCCCGUUGCUCGGUCCCCGCUCCUGCCAACCUAGCAGUUCGAAAGCACGUCAAAGUGCAAGUAGAUAAAUAGGUACCACUCCGGCAGGAAGGUAAACGGCGUUUCCGUGCGCUGCUCUGGUUCGCCAGAAGCGGCUUAGUCAUGCUGGCCACAUGACCUGGAAGCUGUACUCCCUCGGCCAAUAAAGCGAGAUGAGCGCCGCAACCCCAGAGUCGGCCACGACUGGACCUAAUGGUCAGGGGUCCCUUUACCUUUACUUAGGGAAGUUUUUAAUGUUUGGUGUUUUAUCUUGGAUUUAAUAGUCUGUUGUGAGCCGCCCAGAGUAGCUGGGGAAACCCAGCCAGAUGGGCAGGGCAUAAAUAAAUUAUUAUUAUUAUUAUUAUUAGUGAUCAGGAGGGAGCCCUUUUCAGACUCUCUGAGCUGACAGUGCUUGGCCUGCCUCUCUCGCCCUUCCUCCGGGGAGUCCGUGUCUGUAAACAGGAGCAGAUUGCAGUUUGCUGAGUUAUCCCUGACUCAUCGUUUUGGUGUGCGUUACCAGCCAAACUCUUGCAGGAGCAAGCAAUGGCAGGAAGUGUGUGUUUUCCUGUGUGCUGGGAAGAACAACGCAAGGGGGUUUUUUUCCCCGUCGGGAGGGGGAGGGAAGGCUUAUCAGCAAGCAGUAAAAGGCCUCUCCGUAGCUGCCUUCCUGCCAAAACGAAAAGCUUCGGAACUUUUCUCGGGGAAAUUUUCUCGGGGAAGUUUCAUUUCCUCUGGGAAAUUUCCCUCCAGCGCAAAUUAGGCGGUUGUUGGACAGCUGUCGGCCACACGUGAAUCUCCUCCUAAACACAGCCUUCUGUAGCAAAGGUUCUCUGCGUCAGAGAGGGAGAGAACAGCUGUGACGAACAAUGAAUUAUUUUUUUAAGACAAGGCUCUAAAACCAGGCAUGUACUGUAGACUUGAGUCCUGUUGCACAGGGGUUAGAAUGUUGUUGUUGUUGUUGAGUCGUUUAGUCGUGUCCGCCUCUUCGUGACCCCCUGGACCAGAGCACGCCAGGCCCUCCUGUCUUCCACUGCCUCCCGCAGCUUGGUCAAACUCACGCUGGUAGCUUCGAGAACACUGUCCCACCAUCUCGUCCUCUGUUGUCCCCUUCUCCUUUGUGCCCUCCAUCUUUCCCAGCAUCAGGGUCUGUUGCAACAGGGUCCUCAGUCACCACACGCAGGAGGGAGGAGGAACCCAGAGCAAAAGUGUGCCUGCCUUUAUAUAGACAUUUUAAAUUCCCUCCCUGGAGUCCAAGACCACCCCCAGAUACAUCAUACCUACAUCACAGAAAGGGCGGUCUACAGCAGAAAUCUUAGUGCUUUGUUUACCUCUUGUCUGCCAGGUUACCUGUUCAAUGGUCACUUGAUUGGAUACCCUGGGGAGCCUGGCAGGUCUUUUGUAAUGAUAAAUACUUAGUUCCUGGGCCAGGUCACAGGCUCACACCCUAUUCAUAUCUUAAAUGUGCCCUUAAGACAGGAUUUGUGAAGGAAAAGACAAUGGGAGACUUUUCCAUUUUCCUUUGACCUUGCAUGGAAAACAUUUGGUCAGUUUGGGAGUAAAAAAUGGUUCCAGGUCGGUCUUCCUGUGCUGAUCUAUGUAUGUGUUUGGUUGGUACACUUAUGAACAUUUAAAAUAUAUCUAAGACCUCAAAAUUCCUAUCACAGGGAUACAAUUCUAUAAUUCCCACCACAUAUUGAACUUUCUUUCCUAAAACAUUGGGGUGCUGCUGUUUUUUGGGCAAAGCUUCUCUUCAUGUCCAGCCUCUGUACAAAAUAAAAUAAAAACGGAGAGCAUCUUUGACCUUGCAAGCUCUGCCUGUAUUCUAGGAAGGCGAGGGUUUUCGGUGUGUGUUUGUUUUUAGAAAAGGAAAUCGAGGCGAGCCAGGAACAGGAAGCCCUUUCAUCUCGGAACGCGAUCAGCCCCAUUCUGGCCUCCUAUCUGAUUUAGGUUCCUAAGAAAAAAGGAAGCUGCCUUUUGCCGCGUCAGAUCCUGUGGUCUGUCCAUUGGCACCAGAUCCAGUGGUGCCUGCACAAACUGGCAGCCUUUAGUGACUCAGGUUGGGGCUUUCGGGGCUACCACAGGCCAGCAUCGUUUUCUGUCCAAACGAUAGAAGUGUUGUCCAAUAAACUCAGAAUAUUACGUUCUGUUGUAUAAAGCCAUUGGUACUGUUGCAGGAAUUUAUGUAUAGGUUGGGGGGGGGGUUGCCCCUCCAGCAGAUAUCACACACAUGCAGCCCAUUACCAAAACCAGCACAAUCGCUUUUGGGACUUUUGUGAUUUGUCCCCACAAAACACUUCAUCACAGUUUCUUCCUAUCUAUUCAAAGGGCCUUUGCUGCACGAUACCAAAUGUAAGAAUCCACUGAUCAGUGUAUCUGUGUACUGGCUCACUGGGGAAACUUCAGAAAUUCAUAUACCGUAUUUUUCGCCCUAUAGGACGCACUUCUUCCCCUCCAAAAAUGAAGGGGAAAUGUGUGUGCAUCCUAGGGGGCGAAUGCAGGCUUUCGCUGAAGCCUGGAGAGUGAAAGAGGUUGGUGCGCACCGACCCCUCUUGCUCUCCAGGCUUCAGGAAGCUCUGCGCAACCCUUGGGAGACCGGCGCGACUUCGCGGGGGCUCCCGAGGGUUGCGCAGAGCUGCCUGCGCUCCCGGGCUUCCUGCAGCUCUGCGCAACCCUCCGGAGCCUGGCGCGAAGCCGCGCGGGCUCCCAAAGGUUGCGCAGAGCUGCCUGCAUUCCGAAGCCUGGUGCGCGCUGAAGAGCGCGCCCGGGCUUCGCGCAGCUCUCCGCAAGCCUGGGGAGACCGGCGCGGCUCCCUAGGCUUGCGGAUAGCAGGCUGUUCUGGGGGCUGGGGUCGGGGGAAGCUCGGGCUUCCCCCGUGCCUGCCCCGUGCCUGGGGGGGAAAUUUUUUUUCUUUAUUCCCCCCCCCCAAAAAAAAUUAGGUGCGUCCUACCGAAAAAUACGGUAGACGUGUCAGCAGCCCCUCUGCCUGAGAGAUCAUCCCUGGCCUCCUGAUACCUGAGUGCCAGACAGGUAGCCAUUCCAGAAAUAACAAACCCAGAUGAAGACAAAAGGGUGUGAUUCACUUGGCUGGGAAACAGUGAAAUGUAAAUAUUUCUUUUGUUUCACUUGAUAGAUGUUUGGUGGAGGGCAAGGGGAACCAUGGGGCAGGGUCCCGGAUGCUCAGAUUACUGCCACCAGACCUCCGCUUUCACUAUGUAACCAUGAUGUAUGAGUGAUGUAGUUUGGGGGGGUGUAACAUGGGGAUUAGCAGCUAAUAAAAGUUUGGGUUCUCUUUUGUUCGGGGCUUCCAUCUUGUUCCACCUUGUGGCAGGUAGAAGUCCUGUCACGACAGUCUUCAAUAAAGACCAAGCCUACUGGCUGCUGUUUUGCUCUUGUAUUCCUGGCUGGUGUCCUUGCUUUUUGUCCAAGGGAGCCCUCAGAUUUCUCCGUUAACAGUACCAAGUGGCCAAAACGCUUUCCCAAUCAGUCAUUUCUUAAGAAUCUGCACAUCAAGCUUGCCUGUUGCUAACACAUAUAUAGAAAGCGACCACUGCUUUUUCACUUUCGAAAGAUCAGUCCGGUUGUUCCAAUAUCUCUGUUGUCUUGGGAGCUCAGGAAAGCUGUUAACAAGGUGUUGUAGCUUCAGGUACAGCAGUGCCCCGUUUUUCGGACGUAAUCCAUUCCGGAAGACCGUUUGACUUCCGAAACGGUCAUAAACCGAGGCGCAAAGGGCGGUCUGCAGAAAAACAGGGCGUUGGAGGAAUAGCAUGUACACCCAGCGGAAGCCGUUCGACUUCCAAGGCGCAUUUCAAAACGGAAGCAUUUACUUCCAGGUUUUCAGCGUUCGGGAACCGAAACACCCGGCUUCUGAGACGCCACCGAAAACCAACGUAUGGCCAUUGGGGUGCAUCGGACUGAUGGCAUUUGUCACUUAGAGAUGCAAACAUGGAAGAAUCUCUUGGUUGGCCCAAAAUCGAUACAGUGGUGCCUUGGUUCUCAAACAACUUGGAACCCAAACACUGCAAACCUAGAAGUAAGGGUGGUGGUUUGCGAACUUUUUCCCGAAGCCGAACGUUCUCCGUUUUGAGUGUUAUGCUUCUGAUUUGAGUGUUAUGCUGAGGUCUGUCUGUUUUUGCUGUUUAUUUUGCACUUUUGCGGCUCUUUUUUUGUUUUGUUUUUGGGACUGCGUGGAAUCCAGUUCAGCUACUGAUUGAUUGAUGGAUUGUGCGACUGCAGUACAUUGUUUAUUGCUUUCAUUUUAUGGACCAGUGGUCUCAUUCGAUAGUAAAGUUCAUGUUCAAUAGCUGUUUUAAGGGUGGUUUUUCAAAGUUUGAGAACCAAGGUACCGCUGUAUAUCCAUUUUUCCAUAUCCCCACCCUUUCUCCCCCCAAAAAACAGCACGGACCCAAACUUUUUCUUUUUCCUCUCGCUUAGGCAAGACGGUCAAGGUGCGAAAGCCGGCCCCGGUGGCUUCGGACGCCGUCCCCUCGCGGAUCCGCCCGACGCCCGUCAACCUGGCCAGCGCCAUCAAGAAAGGCAACAGCGCCGUCUCCCAGCGGCCCUUCAGAGACCGCGUCCUGCAUCUGCUGGCCCUCAAGCCCUACAAGAAACCGGAGUUGUUCUUGCGGCUGCAGAAGGACGGCCUCACGGCGCAAGAUAAGGACUCUCUAGAUGGGCUGCUGCAGCAGGUGAGCCAGUGCGCGGCCUGAUUCUCCAUAGAAGUCGUGGGUGUGGGACCAUGCAUUUUUAUUACCGUAUUUUUCGCUCUAUAAGACGCACCAGACCACAAGAGGCACCUAGUUUUUGGAGGAGGAGAACAAGGAAAAAUAUAUUCUGAAUCUCAGAAGCCAGGACAGCAAGAGGGAUCGCUGCGCAGUGAAAGCAGCAAUCCCUCUUGCUGUUCUGGCUUCUGGGCUAGCUGCGCAGCCUGCAUUCGCUCCACAAGACGCACACACAUUUCCCCUUACUUUUUAGGAGGGAAAAAGGGAGUCUUAUAGAGCAAAAAAUACGGUAUUCCUCUUCUUCCUUUUUUUUGGAAAUUGUUUUUACUUGAGUUUACAAAUUCGUUCACCCUCACAAUCACAAACAAUAAAAAUUUCACAAGAUUCUUCCGAAUCUCAAGACCUCCCUCCUCCAUGGGAUCUUUAAGCAGCUUUCUAAAAAACUGCAUAUUAUAAGUCCAUCUAAUUUACAAUCUUCCGUUGUAUCCAAAGUCCUUGCAGGAGUUAUUUAAAACCUGCUCAAAUGUUUGCAGUGCUCUUUAAAAUAUAAUGCAAAUUUGUCUUUUAUUGAGGUUUUGAUCCUCCUGGUUUCUGAUUUUCCCAGUUAGUCUCUGCGUAGUCCAAUAAUUUCACCUGCCAGUCUGCCCUAGACUCUCGUGGUCCCUCCCAGCUCUCGGAUUCUGUGUUCAGGGAUUGACAGAUAAACCCUUCCCUGUCCUCUCCCUCCCUCUUCCAGGUUGCAAACAUGAACGCCAAAGACAGCACCUUCACCCUGAAGGAUUACCUUUACAAAGAGGUGCAGAGGGACUGGCCAGGAUACUUGGAAGGAGACCAGCAGCUGCUGAAGAGGAUCCUGUUCCGGUAAGGACAUUUCCCCUUGGGUUAAGCGUCCCUAGGUGUUAAUAUCACAGUAGGGGACGCUGGUGGUGCUGCGGUCUAAACCACUGAGCCUAGGGCUUACCGAUCGGAAGGUCGGCGGUUCGAAUUCCCGCGACAGAGUGAGCUCCUGUUGCUCUGUCUCAGCUCCUGCCAACCUAGCAGUUCGAAAGCACACCAGCGCAAGUAGAUAAAUAGGUACCGCUCCGCCGGGAAGGUAAACGGCAUUUCCGUGCGCUCUGGUUUCCGUCACGAUGUCCCGUUGCGCCAGAAGCGGUUUAGUCCUGCUGGCCACAUGACCCUCGAAAGCUGUCUGCGGACAAACACCGGCUCCCUCGGCCUGAAAGCGAGAUGAGCGCCGCAACCCCAGAGCCACCUUUGACUGGACUUAACUGUCCAGGGACCCUUUACCUUUUUUUAACUUUAGAAUCACAGAACAGGGGCAGGGAAGGUCUGGGGCCUUCCUAAAUGUUGUUGGGGGUCAGCCGCGUGACACAGAGAGUCUGUCCCACAUGCAUAAGUUUCCAGGUUCAAUCCCUGCCUGCUCCCUGUUUCCUAAUAAUAAUAAUAAUAAGCGAUAAAACAUCAAACAUUAAAAACCUCCCUAAGCAGGGCUGCCUUCAGAUGUCUUUUAAAGAGAAGAUAGCUGCUUAUUUCCUUGACAUCUGAUGGGAGGGCGUUCCACAGGGCGGGCGCCACUACCAAGAAGGCCCUCUGUCUGGUUCCCUGUAACCUUACUUCUUGCAAUGAGGGAACCAUCAGAAGGCCCUCGGAGCUAGACCUCAGUGUCCGGGCUGGACAAUGGGGGUGGAGACCCUCCUUCAGGUAUACUGGACCGAGACAGUUUCGGGCUUUGAAUAUCAGCACCAGCACAUUGAAUUGUGCUCAGAAAUGUACUGGGAGCCAAGAUCUUUCAAGAUUCUCAGUGGCUGAUCCCAGUCUGGCUGCCGCAUUUUGGAUUAGUUGUAGUUUCUGGGUCACCUUCAAAGGCAGCCCCACGGAGAGCGCCUUGCAGUAGCCCAAGCGGGAGAUAACCAGAGCAUGGACCAUGUCACCAUACAAACCGUCUCAUGAAAGGUGAAAAUAACAAGUUACUCGGAGUACUGGUUGGAAGAGGAACACACAACAGGCAGUUUUGUUCAGGCAGGCUUAAAACGGUAAUUCGGUUACAAAGUUGUGCUCAGUGGAGAUGCACCUUCAGGUAUACUGGGCUGAGGCCGUUUACGGCUUUCAAGGUCAGCACCAACACUUUGAAUUGUGCUCAGAAGCUUACUGCUGCCUCCUCCUUUCUCCCCAGCUCUCUCUCCCCCCCCAACCUCAUGAACGACUUCCUUUUUUCUUCCCUGAAUCUCCCAUCCAUCCGCUCCAUCGGAUGCCCCCAAAUUCCAGGGUUAGGAGAGAGGGAGGAAGACUUUCCCUGCAUGCCCUUUCUCCGUGCCACGCGAAAUUUUGCAGACGACGCCACCUCUUCCUUGCCUUCUCUCUAAGCUAGAAAGUCCCACACGCCGCCGCCGCCUUUCUCCAUGGGGGAAUUGCUCCCGUGGGGAUGCCAGUGAAAAACAGGAGGAAUCGUGUCAGUUUGGAUAAGAAAACACAGCUCACCCGCCCAGCUGUUGCAGGUGCAAGGAUAUGGGCUUCCUGGGUGCAGAUCUUUUAAGAAGCGGGAAGCCAGCCCUCGCUUCUAGCCUGGUGGGCUUAGUUUUCUCUGCUCAGGUGGCCGGAUCGUUGCCAGUGGUUAUUUUUAGGCUGUUGCUCAUCCAGAUGCCAGGAUAGACGUGCCCGGGGGGGUGGGUGGCGAGAGACGUAACUGCUUCAUCCUCCUCCUCCUUGGGAAACAUCGGCACAGCUACCGUACUUUUUGCUCUAUAAGACUCACUUUUUCCCUCCUAAAAAGUAAGGGGAAAUGUGUGUGCGUCUUAUGGAGCCAACGCAGGCUGCGCAGCUAUCCCAGAAGCCAGAACAGCAAGAGGGAUUGCUGCUUUCACUGCGCAGCGGUCCCUCUUGCUGUUCUGGCUUCUGAGAUUCAGAAUAUUUUUUUUCUUGUUUUCCUCCUCCAAAAACUAGGUGCGUCUUGUGGUCUGGGGCGUCUUAUAGAGCGAAAAAUACGGUACACACCUCCGUGGCACGAUUGCGUGUCUGUGUGUAUGUGUACGCCCGUUUGCAAACUUGUAAUUUUCCAUUUCAAUUAAAACCCAGGCCUUCCCAAUUCAUACACACACACACACACACACACACAGCCCCCAGGGACCUUGUCCCUCGCCAAAGAAAACUCUCUCCAUUUUUCAGACUCUCAUUAAACCAACCUCGUCUCCUCCGCCAGCCAACUGGGUUUACGGACCAUGGAAACUGUUCAAAACAGAGGGUAGGGAGGGUGCGCAGGGGGAGGAGAGGGGGGAGUGGGGUUUUUUUUUUAACCUUAGCUGGGUUGGGGGGGGGGAAAUAACUGCAAUAGAAAUAACCCCUUGACCCACCCACCCCCUUUUUGCAUUAUAACAGAAAAGGUCCAAGCCCAGGGACGCCUUUGGAGACUCAAUUAUUUUAUUGGUUGUUGCUAACAAGCCGGUUUCAGGAAAGAGAAAUAGAGACAAAUAAGGUUGUUUUAAAAUAAUAAUAAUAAUAAAAGGAUUAGUUGCCACAAUGGCCGUUAAAAGGCAUACAGGAUACUGCUGAAGGAUAAUCGAACAGCACAGGAGGGAAUACAUGCGUGGUCUCUGUGGCAUAAAUUCGAACUAAUUUCUCAUACAGUCGUACCUCGGAUGCCGAACGCCUUGCGAGUCGAACGUUUUGGCUCCCGAACUCCGCAAACCCGGGCGUGAGUCUUCUGGUUUGCGAACGUUCUUUGGAACCUGAACGUCCGACGCGGCUUCCGAUUGGCUGCAGGAGCUUCCCUUUGGUUUCUGAACCGCGCUUUGGUUUCUGAACAUUUUGGAAGCCGAACGGACUUCCAGAACAGAUUCCGUUCGACUUCUAAGAUCCUUGGAUCCUGACGACUUCUAUUCCCAUAAGUUUUUGUAUGCCCGAGACACUUGCUGCUGCUGCUUCUGGCCUUGGUUGAUAUUUUGAAGCCCGAUAUUUGAAGCACAAAUAGCACCAAAAAAUAUUUAAGUUGGCACCCUUGGUUAGGAAGCUGCUUGCCUUCUGUCACUGUGCCAUUGAGAGCGUGCUCACUUAUGGCUUAUGUGUGUGGUACGGAAGCUGUACUACCCAGGACAGGAUGGGGUUGUGCAGGGUUGUUAAGGCAGCAGAGAGCAUUGUUGGCUGCCCACUCUCCACCUUAGAGCAGAUUUAUGCCACAAGGUGCCAUAGGAAGGCACUGGGCAUAGUAAAAGAUCCAUCGCAUCCUGGUCACUGUCUCUUCGAGCUCUUGCCGUCGGGACGGAGAUACAGGACGAUGAAGACAAGAACGAGUCGUCUUAAGAACAGCUUCUUCUCCAGAACGAUCUCGGCCCUGAAUGGGAAGCCCGGACUUUGAAAGUCAUCUAAUCUCCCUUGCUGUAUUAUACUGUAUUGAUUAAUUAGUGUUUUUAUGGAGCAGUCAAGUAAUUUCGUUGUCCCCGAAGGGGCAAUGACAAUAAAGAUAUUAUUAUUAUUAUUAUUAUUAUUAUUAUUAUUAUUAUUAUUAUUAAGGGCAACAUGCUAAGCCUUGGAAUGCCAGCAGUCCAGGUUAUUGGGUUGAGAAGCCUUCCCUGGGCGUGUUUUAAAUAACAUUUGCUUGCCUCUCAUCCUUAGGGGACGCGGGUGGUGCUGUGGGUUAAACCACAGAGCCUAGGGCUUGCUGAUCAGAAGGUCGGCGGUUUAAAUCCCUGCGACAGGGUGAGCUCCCGUUGCUCGGUCCCUGCUCAUGCCCACCUAGCAGUUAGAAAGCACCUCAAAGUGCAAGUAGAUGAAUAGGUACCGCUCUGGCGGGAAGGUAAACAGCGUUUCCGUGCGCUGCUCUGGUUCGCCAGAAGCGGCUUAGUCCUGCUGGCCACAUGACCCGGAAGCUGUAUGCCGGCUCCCUCGGCCAGUAAAGCGAGAUGAGCGCCGCAACCCCAGAGCCGGCCACGACUGGACCUAAUGGUCAGGGGUCCCUUUACUUUUACCAUCCUUGAUUACACCCGUUGGUCCCUUUUAUGCAAAAGAAGAAGAAGAAGAAGAAGAAGAAGAAGAAGAAGAAGACGACUUGGUGUGCCUUAACGAAACAAACACCUUUUCAUUUUGUUGUUGUUGUUCUCCCCUCCCCUCCCCCCCCCUCCAGGAAGCUCUGCCAGCCGCAGAACACCAGCUGCCCACCAGAGGCACCGGCUCCAGCAUCACCAAAAGACAACGCAAACAUCUCCUCCUGCUCUCCGCCCCAGGUAGGUCCUGAGCCCCCAUUGCAAGGGCAUGUCUUGGUGAGGUUUCCUGCUCCCAGGCAGCCUGGUGGCGUCCUUGAAAAAAGAAUUUCUUGCUCGCUGUGAAGUUUGUGGCCUACAGGGGCCCUGUUGUUUUUUUAAAAUUUAUUUACAGUGGUGCCUCGCAAGACGAAAAGAAUCCGUUCUGUGAGUCUCUUCGUCUAGCGGUUUUUUCGUCUUGCGAAGCAAGCCCAUUGACGGAUUAGCGCUAUUAGCGGCUUUUAGCGGCUUUUAGCGGCUUAUCGUCUUAGCGGAUAAGCGGCUUAGCGGCUUAGAAAAAGGGGGGGAAAGGGGAAAAAAACCCACAGGAACUCGCAAGACAUUUUCGUCUUGCGAAGCAAGCCCAUAGGAGAUUCGUUUUGCGAAGCACCUCCAAAACGGAAAACUCUUUCGUCUAGCGAGUUUUCCGUCUUGCGAGGCAUUCGUCUUGCGGGGCACCACUGUAUUUAUUUGCUCGCGUGCUCAAGACAUCGAUUCCAUACAACAUAUUUUGCUGCACUGUGCAAAAUACGAGCAAGCCAGGGCUGAACUGAUACUACCCUCGCUGGUACCUUUCCCGGGAAAAUCAGAGGCUCACUAUGUCAGGUUCCUAUUGGAAGACCGGACCAACGCCAGAACGUUAGCAGUGGCGAAGUUUUUAUCAGUGGUUGCAAGAACAAAUGAUCCCUAUAUUCUGAGCAAAAUGCUCGUUUAACCUGGAGGUAGGCUGCAUGAAUUGUGUAUUGCUUUGUAACGAUUUGUUGGGUCUCUGGACCGUAAUAAAGAUUGAUCAUGAUGAUGAUGAUGAUGAUGAUGAUGAUUACAGUCAUACCUGAGCUCCCAAACACCUUGGGAGCUGAACGUUCUGGCUCCCGAAUGAUCGGAAACCGGAAGCGAGUGUUCCGGUUUUCAAACGUUCUUUCGGAAGACGAACGUCCAACGAGGCUUCCAAUUGGCUGUUCGAGGGCAGCCAGCAUGGGGUUUUCCCUCCUGAGUUUCCGUGGUCCUUCGAGCUAUCGUAUUUUUAAUAUUCUGUUGGGAGCGACCCAGAGUGGCUGGGGAAACCCAGUCAGAUGGGCGGGCUGUAUAAAUAAAUUAUUGUUGUAUUGGCAUCAAACGGAAUACCAGUCCUUCUGCUAAUUUAUCUAAGUCUGUAUCAUCAAAAACACUCCACAACGUUAUUUUUGGGUGAUGGAACAAUCGUUUCCUUAGUGAUAUUUAUCAUUUCCAUCAAAACCAAACUGAUGGUUCCUUCCUGUUUACUUGCCAUCCUCUAACCCUGUGGGGCGGGACGCAGGUGGCGCUGUGGGUUAAACCACAGAGCCUAGGACUUGCCAAUCAGAAGGUCGGCGGUUCGAAUCCCCGCAACAGGGUGAGCUCCCGUUGCUCGGUCCCUGCUCCUGCCAACCUAGCAGUUCGAAAGCACGUUGAAGUGCAAGUAGUUAAAUAGGUACCACUCCAGCGGGAAGGUAAAUGGCGUUUCAGUGCGCUGCUCUGGUUCGCCGGAAGCGGCUUAGUCCUGCUGGACACAGGACCCGGAAGCUGUACGCCGGCUCCGUCGGCCAAUAAAGCAAGAUGAGCGCCGCAACCCCAGAGUUGGUUACGACUGGACCUAAUGGUCAGGGGUCCCUUUACCUUUAACCCUGUGGGGCAAGCACCUCACAGGGGGGCAAUUUGAUUUUUAAGGGGGGGCUAUUCAAGAAUUGAGUUAUUAACAGUUUGUGGCCUUUGGGGCUUCCUCCAUUUGAGUAGGAGUUUGCUUUGUGAAUAAUAAGAAUUAUAUGUCAGCGACGGGGGGCGGGAAUCAGGAUUUUAGAGAUGCUUAGGUGGGGCAUACGGACGUAGGUGGUGCUGUGGGUUAAACCACAGAGCCUAGACUUGCUGAUCAGAAGGUCAGCGGUUUGAAUCCCCACUACAGGGUGAGCUCCCGUUGCUCGGUCCCUGCUCCUGCCCACCUAGCAGUUCGAAAGCACGUCAAAGUGCAAGUAGAUAAAUAGGUACCACUCCGGCGGGAAGGUAAACGGCGUUUCCGUGCACUGCUCUGGUUCGCCAGAAGCGGCUUCGUCAUGCUGGCCACAUGACCCGGAAGCUGUACCCCGGCUCCCUCGGCCAGUAAAGUGAGAUGAGCGCCGCAGCCCCAGAGUCGGUCACGACUGGACCUAAUGGUCAGGGUUCCCUGACCAUGGCCAAAAAAAAUUAAAAAAGUUGGGAACCACUGCUCUAACCCAUAGUUUCCCAAACUUUGGUCUCUCUUUGGACUACAAAUCCCAUCAUCUUGAAGAGAAGAAGAAGAGUUUGGAUUUGAUAUCUCGCUUUAUCACUACCCGAAGGAGUCUCAAAGCGGCUAACAUUCUCCUUUCCCUUCCUCCCCCACAACAAACACUGUGAGGUGAGUGGGGCUGAGAGACUUCAGAGAAGUGUGACUAGCGCAAGGUCACCCAGCAGCUGCAGGUGGAGGAGCUGGGAAUCGAACCCUGUUCGCCAGAUUACAAGCCCACUGCUCUUAACCACUACACCACUUGAGCUCGCAGAGCAAGGGAUGAUGGGAAAUGUAGUCCAAAAACGUCCCCACAUUUGGGGGAAAGCCUGCCUUAACGCUUCCUGUUCUUCUUCCCUCCACCUAGAAACGACCCCAGCCCACAGAUUUCACCGACCCUCUGUCCAACAAAAAGCCCCGCAUCUCCCACUUUGCCCAAAGGACUCAGCCCACGCUCAACGGAAAACUGCGCUCGGCCAACGGCAGGGAAGCCCCCCUAGCGCCACCCCCGGAGGUGGUCGCCUCCAGUAACCUCUUGCCAGCCCUGGAGCUCCCCAGGCCCCACAACCCCCUCGCCGACGUCAGCAACGAUCUGGGGCACGGCGGACCCAACUUUGAGGUCCCGGAUCCCGCCGAGAGGCUGGCGGCGGCAGCGGCGGCGGAGGUCCCCCUCCAGCCGGUGACAGACUCUGUCCAGGUCAGCAAAAGGAGCAAGAAGAGGCUAAAGAAGGAGAGGGAGCGGAGAGGGGCUGAGCAGGAGUCGGAGCCCCGGGAGAAACCAAACUGCAGCCUCAGGAAACGCAGCUCAAAGACCACGGCGCCUUCGUCGCAGGACACGGCAGGUGGGCUCAGCUGGGCAGGGAUUUGGGGGGUUGUGGGUUCCUCUGGGUCGCGCGCGGGUUAUUAUAAUGACAGCAAAAGUGCCGGAACGUGAUGUUCCCUAUAUGGAGACUGCGAAACGGGCGGCGAGAAUAAAGAGACCGAAGAGGUGGCAGGUUUGCGGGAGAGUGGAGGUGCUUUUCAGGCUAUCUGGGGAAAUGUUAUAGUCAGUUGAAAUCGCAGGCAGGGCUGGAAACCUAGGCAAAGGAGCGAGAAUGAGAAACGGAAUGUAAUGUAGGGUAUCUCUGUUGUAACCAAAAAUUGCCCUUUUUCCUUAUGGGGUAUCCAAGAGCCCAUAUAGAGUCCUUACAUAGGUUUCCUAUUGGUAGGAGAGAAUAACAGAGGCCAACCAGAGAAUAUUGAGAAGCAAAGCAGCUAGUAAACUUGAUCUUUAUUGAUCUGUUGCAAGAGGUGCUCUCCUCACCCGCAGGAAAGGAGGAGGAACCCAGAAAAAUGGCGCGCAAGGCCUUAUAAAGACUUUUGAAAUUGCCACCCUGUAGAUCAAGACCACCCCCAGAAACAUCAUACAUACAUCACAGAAGGGGUGUAACCUAAGACCACCCCUCAGAUACAUCAUACCUACAUCACAGAAAAGGCGGUCUAAAACAGAAAUUUGAAUAUUGUUUUUCUCCUGUCGUUGUUUAUCUCCUGUCUGGCAGGUUACUUGAUUGGAUUGCCUGGGGAACCUGGCCAGUCUUUUGUAAUGAUAAAUUCCUGGGCCAGGUCACAGGCUCACACAUCUUAAAUGUGACCUUAAGACAGGAUUUGUGAAGGAAAAGAUGAUGGGGAGGCAUUUCCAUUUUCCUUUGACCUUGCAGAGAAAACAUUUACUCAGUUUAGGAAUCAAAAAUGGUUCCAGGUUGGUCUUCCUGUGCUGAUCUAUGUACGUGCUUGGUUGCUACGCUUAUGAACAUUACCAUAUAUCUAAGACCAUAAAAUUCCUAUCACAUCUGUUACCGAAAUAAGUGCAGUGGCCCUUCAGUUUUUGAACGUCUUGGAAGUUAAACAUUUCAGCUUUUGAAUGCCGAAAAACCGGAAGCAACUGCUUCGGUUUUCAAACGCUUUUCGGAAGUCGAAUAUGCCACCCGGCUUCUGUACUGAGUUUUCCAGAAGUAAAUGCUUUGGUUUUCAAACGUUUCGGAAGUCAAACCAUCUUCUGGAACGGAAUGUUCGAAAACCAAGGUACCGCUGUAUUACAUUUAAGGCAGUAGGUAAAGGAUUGGGACAGAAAAACAUCACAGAUGGGAAGUCAAAAUGCUGGGGGAAUAUUGCAUGGAAAGUGAAUUUGUUAAAUUGUAUGGAAAUCCAAUAAAAAUGUAUGGCAGGGCGGAGAAAUGCAAAGUUCCCUUAGAUCAGCGGUUCUGAAAAAAAAAAAUUCUCCGAGCCACAGUUUCAGGAUACAAAAUGGCUUGCCUCGCACCGAUUUUUUUAAAUUGGAAAAUGGAAAGAAAGAAGUCCUAGCAGUGCUUGACGCAACUGCUUUGUAACAGGAUCACAGGACAUCCAGAAAAAAAUAAAGAGAUCUAUGCACAUUCUGCAAAACGUAGAUCCGUAUUUUGAUACCAUUGCAGUGCUCCACCACAACUGAAACGCCUAAAUGUUUCUCUGAUUCUCCUUCCCGUGAAACUUGCCGCACCCUUUUUGAGAACCACUGCUCUAAACCCGGAAAGCCCCAAAUUUUUGUUCUUUGGCUUUCCCUGUGGCUAGGUGCUUUUCCCUUGGUGUGGCCACUAGGUGGUGGUCAAGGUCAACACGAAUACAGUGGUACCUCUGGAUACGAACGGGAUCCGUUCCGGAGCCCCAUUCGCACCCUGAAGCGAACACAACCCGCGUCCGCGGGUCACGAUUCACCGCUUCCGCACAUGCAUGUGACGUCAUUUUGACCGUCUGCGCAUGCGCGAGCAGCGAAACCCGGAUGUAACGUGUUCCGUUACUUCCGGGUCACUGUGGAGCACAACCCGAUAGUGCUCAACCUGAAGCAACUUAAACCCGAGGUAUGACUGUAUCCAUGUAGCAGGAAACACCCCCCCAAUCAUUCAGUUUGUACAAACUUCACACACACUUACACUCACACACUACAUACGCUACGCUUCUGUUAUAAAUUCAUAGAAAAUCAACCAUACAUCGGAUUUGCACUGUUCCGCUUUUAUUUUACUCCAUGAAGGAAGGACUACAAAAUGGGGAAGGUUUGAUACAGGGCAGCCAUAAUCUGUGAGCAUACCAGUACAUACACAGGAGCCCUGCCCAGUUGCUAUGCCAACCCUGAUGGUCCUAGACAGAAGACCAUCAAGAUCACAAAGAACUUGCAUAUGGGAAUGGAUUCAGCACGGACUGGAACAAAGGACAAUAAUCAGCUCUACCUUCUGGGGGCAGGAAACUGCAAACUCCCCUCUGUCACCUGGAAAGUACUCAUGGGGAGGGGGAAAGGGGGAACCAGCCAGGUGACAAGAUACUCAGGUUACCACCACAACUCCUCCCUCAACCCCUCCUUUCUGUGAUGUAUGUAUCUGUGGGGUGGUCUUAGGUUACACCCCUUCUGUGAUGUAUGUAUGAUGUUUCUGGGGGUGGUCUUGAUCUACAGGGUGGCAAUUUCAAAAGUCUUUAUAAGGUCUUGCACACCAUUUUUCUGGGUCCUUCAUCUCUCCUGCAAGUGAGAGGAACACCCUGUUGCAACAGUUCAAUAAAGGCCAAGCCUACAGGCUGCUGUUUUGCUCCAAGUUAUCCUGGUUGGUGUCUUUGUUUUUGUCCAAGGGAGCCCUCGGAUUUUUCCGGGAACACCCAGAAACUCUAGUGUGUGAAAGCACUCCAGAUCUGCCUUUAAAGCAGAAUGCCUCUCUUUGGAGAGGCAUCUUUCACGACGUGGAGCCAGGAGCUCUCCUUAGGACUGAUUUUCUCUUCUCCUUCUCCCUUUCCUGUUCUCCAGGUUUAAACGGGACGUGCAACAGCGCCAGCGAUCCCACGUCGACGUCUGAAACUCAAGACUAUUUUAUGUAAGUGUUGGCGGACCCCUUGUUAGCCGCUCUGAGCCUGGUUUUUGAAAUGGGAAGGGCAGGGUAUAAAUUUUAAUAUUAUUAUUUUUCUGGUCACCAAGGGGCAAUGCAAGCCUGGGGUGGUUGUUUUUCGUCCUUCAUUUCCGUCCUUAAUUUUCUCGUAGCAAAUACGGCCCCAUCUCCUCGUCUGAGCAGCGGCAGAGCUACAAGAACGACUUCAACGCGGAGUACAGCGAGUACCGUGACCUUCACGCCAGGAUCGAGCGGGUGACGCGGCGGUUCAUGCAGUUGGACUCGCAGCUAAGGCAGCUCCUCCAGGGCUCUGAGGAGUACAAGGUGGGCCGGCGGCAGCCUCGGACUACAAUUCCCAUCAUCCCUAGCUAAGAGGACCAGUGCUCAGGGAUGAUGGGAAUUGUAGCCCCAAACAUCUGGAGGGAGGGGCAGAGUUUAGGGCCUCUAAAGGUAUUAAUCUGGUCCUGACCACAAGCUCCUGUAAAAACGUACCAUCUCCUUAGAGUCAAAACAGCAUAAAGUGUAAAACAAAGCAGCAAAAUAUUAUAGAGCAGAGUUUUCCAAACUUGAGUCUCCAGGUGUUUUUGGACUACAACUCCCAUUAUCCCUAUAUCUAGCAGUGGCCAGGGAUGAUGGGAAUUAUAGUCCCAAAACAGUUGAGAGACUCAAGUUUGGGAAACACAGUGGUACCUUGGUUCUCAAACUUAAUCCGUUCCGGAAGUCCGUUCCAAAACCAAAGCGUUCCAAAACCAAGGCGCGCUUUCCCAUAGAAAGCAAUGCAAAACGGAUUAAUCCGUUCCAGACUUUUAAGAACAACCCCUAAUACAGCAGUUUCGCAUGAGUUUUACUGUCUAACGAGACCAUGGAUCUAUAAAAUGAAAGCAAUAAACAGUGUACUUCAGUCGCACAAUCAAUCAAUCGGUAGCUGAACUGGGUUCCACUCAGUCACAAAAAACAAAACGAAAAAGAGCCGCAAAAACAAAAAGGCAAAAUAAAUAGCAAAAACAGACAGACCUCAGUAUAAUACUGAAAACAGAAGUUUGGCACUCAAAUUGGAAGCGUAACACUCAAAACGGAGCACGUUCGGCUUCUGAAAAAUGCUCGCAAACUGGAACACUUACUUCCAGGUUUGCAGUGUUCGGGUUCCAAGUUGUUUGAGUACCAAGGCGUUUGAGAACCAAGGCACCACUGUACUGGUUUAGCGAAAAGGGGAGUACGAAAAUUGGAUCAUCAUCUGAUGUGGAGGGUCUAGGAGCCAGAAAUCAUCUGUCCUAAGAAAGCUUGAUCUCAGAUCGGUGCCUAAAUUUCAUUAAGAUCCUGCCAGCUUGAUUUUCAAACCUUUAUAUGCCUUGCUUUGCCAUUUGUUGCUGUUUUUUAACACAUGGUUUGUUCGUUCUUUUGUAGUCUAUCCACGAUCAGAUACUGCAGGAAUACCGGAAAAUCAAAAAAGUGAGUCUUGCUUGCUUAUUUCUAUAAAGCGGUUGCGCCAAAAAAGAGAGAGGCUUCCGUGCAGUCAGUUUUUAAAUGAGACAGUCCUUGCGCCCCUGCUCACCUUAGAAAUGACACACAAGGAAAAAGGGAGGAGGAGGGAGGAGGAAAGAAGGAAACUCGGGUGUCCCCAGUUCGUACACCGCCCUUGUCACCGCAAAGCAAGUUUUUACGUGCUCUGCAUGUGAGAAGCUCAACCUUCAGCAACUGAGGAAAUAAACUGGGAUUCAUGGCCGGCUCCUAGAGAAAGCAGGAUGUCAGAACAGCCUUUCCUCCCAGCCUUGGUUGCUCCCAGAUGUUUGAAACAGCAGCUUCCACAAGCGGUUGGAAGUUGUAGGACAGAAACGCCGGGCGGUCAUCAGGGCGGGGUGAAGGAAGGCUGGCUAAUAGGUAAAGCUCCCUGUUCAGCAGCAGUCUACCUUAGAAUGCCAGUUGCCAGAGAGCAAAAAAUAAAAAAACGGUGGAGAUUCCUCAUUGCAGUGAGGGGGGUUGGACUAUGCUAAAGGUAAAGGGGCCCCUGACCAUUAGGUCCAGUCGUGGCCGACUCUGGGGUUGCGGCGCUCAUCUCGCUUUAUUGGCCGAGUGAGCCGGUGUACAGCUUCCGGGUCAUGUGGCUAACAGGACUAAGCCGCUUCUGGCGAACCAGAGCAGCGCACGAAAACUCCGUUUAUCUUCCCGUCGGAGCGGUACCUAUUUAUCUACUUGCACUUUGACGUGCUUUCGAACUGCUAGGUUGGCAGGAGCAGGGACUGAGCAACGGGAGCUCACCCCGUCAUUGCGGGGAUUCGAACUGCCAACCUUCUGAUCGGCAAGCCCUAGGCUCUGUGGUUUAACCCACAGCGCCACCCGCGUCCCCUGUAACCUGAGGUAUGACUGUAUUAUUAUAAUUGUAAUAAAAACAAAUUUCUUUUCCCCUUCCAUCUCUCUCCAUCCUUCCUUGCAGACUAACCCAAACUACAGCCAGGAGAAGAACCGCUGCGAAUACCUGCACAACAAGCUCGCCCACAUCAAAAAACUGAUAGCCGAAUAUGACCAACUGCAGUUCCAGUCUUGGCACUGAGAGGGGUGGGGGGGACGGUGAAAGUUUUUGCAGAGAGCCCACCACCCUCCGGUUCCGCUGGCGGCGAUUGCAAACCUGUGAACAGCUUCCGGAACAGGGAAGAGGAGCGGCAGCAGGAGGAGGAAAAUGUUUGAGAGAUCUCUGUGUGGCACGACAAGGAUCAGCGCACGAUUCGCACCCCCGCGUGAGAGACGACCCAUCACUUUUGCUGUACAAACCCCGGAGUUUUCAGGUGGGGGGGGGAAGGUACAAGGGGCCCGGUCCCCGUUUUAUAUAAGCAAUUCUCUUCCCGGAUAUUAAAGAAGACAGUGAAAGAAAGGAGAAGUUUGCUUAUUUUUCGGAUAGUAUCUGCUCAAAAAAACGAGAGACUGUUUUUCACGUUGGC